AUGUCAGGCAGAGUGAUAUAUGGAAAGGGACGCAUGGCCAACCCAACGCUUAUCACCCUGGCCUCUCAGACAGAGUCCAUGAGGAAAGGAGGAGCGCGAGGAGGAAAGAGGAGGAUGUUCUCCUUUUCACUCCGGUGUCGGCUCGGGGUCAUCAGAGGGAGGACCAAAGGUAAUGUUUACGCAACAAUGUUUAUGAAUACUGGUGAUGGCAGAGCACACAUUGUUUAUUUUUCUUUAUAAAAGCCAAACUGACCGUAGUUAAUUGGGGUUUUUAUACUGCUGUUGUAUCUGCAGCUACAUGCUCCAGCCUGAGAUACAGUCUCCUGAGAGGGUGCAGCAGUUGUAUCAGCCUGGCACACAGGUUGCUAUUGUACAUUAGUCAAGGUAUAUCCCAUGGGAUGUUUUGGAAGGAUUGUAUAAGCCUAAGGUAUACCAGUAUAUGCAAUAAUGAAAGAGAUUAUCCUUUUCAAAUGUAACAAUGGGCCAAGUGUGAGAGCUGAAGUGCCCCCAAUAUGAUCCAGGUGGCAAUAACACAAUAAUAACCUAUCAGUUGCUUUUUUUUUAAUAAGGGAUUUGCAUUCUUUAUUUUUUAUUCUUUAUUUUUUUCAGUGAACAAUUAUUUAUUAGUUUUCCCGUGUUUGUCAUAGACAAUUUAAAAUAACAAGAAACAGUACCUAGGACUAUACCUAGAACAAUAUCUAGAAUUUAUCUUCUCAUGUCUAUUUUGUUUUGUCAAAAUCAAUAGGAUAACUUAGCUUAAACGUGGGAUGAGUCAUUUAAUGGAGCCAUAUUUUACCUUUGGUUGAUGUUUGAGCUACCUUGCAGGUGAACAUUGUAUUAUGAUUGUGUGAUCAUAUCUCUGAAUUAUGACUGAGUCAUGUUCACCACAUCUGGGUCUGUCUUGUAGCCUAAGUAAUUCCGUGAUCGGUGUGUUGACUCAAGUGUCUGUCAUCCCUACUGCAUUCAUUUGGUAGAUUUAUUAGUAACUAAAGCUUAUAGCCAUAAGAUGGCAAUGUGAUCAGUUGCAUGUUAGAAAAUGUACCCAGCUACCUUUGGCUGGAGAAUAGCUCAUAGUAUAGCUUUUACUGUACUUUCAAUGUAUGUGAGAGCUUAUUAUUUUAGAGGUAAGUGAAAAUGUAAUAUCUUAUUUAACUUAGUUCUAAAUGAGCAUUGUAAUAUAUUACUAAUUGGUAGUGUAAGGCAAUAGCACUGUUUUAUACACAUUUAAACAGCCAAGGAUCUGUUGAAUCUAGAAUCGAUUGCAUAUUGCUUUCUAGCUCAAUUGGUAGAGCAUGGCGCUUGUAACGCCAGGGUAGUGGGUUCGAUUCCCGGGACCACCCAUACGUAAAAAUGUAUGCACGGAUGACUGUAAGUCGCUUUGGAUAAAAGCUAUGUGUAAUUGAUUCUCUGGUCUAAACACAGCAUUUAUUCUACUUCACAGAACUACACUGAGUGGGGGUGCUUCUACUACUAUACAUAAUUACCCUAGUUGUGUUGCGUAGUGUGUUCUGUUUCCCUGGGUUUUUAGAAGACCAACAAACAGCUCUGCGUCUCCUGUUCCUCUUUAUUCUGUAAGAAAUUAAUUUGUUUCACUCUGAAACACCAGAGUAAAUGGGGUAUUAAGGACGAAACUCUCUGAGGAAAUUAUCUAUGCCAAAGAGUAUUUGGUCCACUGGAAAGAGCCGACUAAUGAGGAGACAUGCUACAAUGGCGAGAACUUCUUCUACAGUGGAGAGAACACUUUGUUUGUUUGUAAUUGUUUGAUGUGUCUCUGGUCAAGGAAAUGCAUCAGACUCAAUAAAUCUAUACAUUCUUGGGAUCAAGAAUGUAUUUGUACUGCACAUAAAUAAUUGACUAGCUUGUCAAGUUGUACUUGAGCUCAUCCUCACAUCUGUGUGGACUUUGAAGCUGUUGUGUGGACUCUAGUUCAUAUUUUUGUCUGUUUUCUAAGAUCUUGUUUAGUGCUUUUGUGUGUCCUUUGACGCCAUUUCCCUACUCUCAGACCUGACUAUGACAGAUUUUCAUGCCUUAUAGGGGGAAAGAAUGGAGGGAGGGGGGUGGAGUAUGUGAGUGUGACAAAUGGACAGACAGGUGUGUCUCUCAGUCAGUCAGCGGCCGCGUUAACUCCUCUGUAUGUGUGUGUCUGGGUAGAAGACAGGCGGUGGCAGUUGGGGAAAGAGCCCUCUCACCCAGAGAAAGAAACAGCAGAUGUUCAACACUCCACAGAUUGAAAGCGAGAAAUCAUAUCGUUGGUUUGAUUUAUAUCCAUUGCAGCCAUUGUCUCAUAUAAAGGACAGAGUUCUCUGGUCAGAAGUUCAGAGCAAAUAAGUAUAUUUUGGCUUUAUAGCGGCAUGCAUGUACAUUUAUUGGUAGGGAUGCUCAGUGGUGUAAAGUACUUAAGUAAAAUACUUUAAAGUACUACUUAAGUCAUUCUUUUGGGUAUCUGUACUUUACUAUUAAUAUUUUUGACAACUUUACUUUUACCUCACUACCUUCCUAAAGAAAAUAUGGACUUUAUACUCCCGUACAUUUUCCCUGACACCAAAAAGUACUUGUUAGAUUUCGAAUACUCAGGCAUGACAGAAUUAUGGUCCAAUUCAUGCACCUAUCAAUAUAACGUGUUGUCACCCCUACUGCCUCUGAUCUGGCGGACUCACUAAACACACAUACUGUGUUUGUAAAUUGUCUGAUUGUUGGAGUGUUCCCGUGUCUCUCCAGGGGGGAAAAAUGAACAAAAAAGGAAAUUGUUUGCUUAAUAUAAGGAAUUUGAUGUAUAGCAUUUACUUUUAUUCAAAUAUGACAAUUUAGUACUUUUUCCACCGCUGUACUUAAGUACAUUUAAAACCAGAUACCUUUUAGACUUUUACUCAAGUAGUAUUUUACUGGGUGACUUUUACUUGCGUAAUUUUCAAUUAAGGUAUCUUUACUUUUAAUUAAGUAUGACAAUUGAGUACUUUUUCCACCACUGGGGAUGCCCUUGUAUAAGCAGAUAAUAGUCAUUGUGAUAAGCCUUUGGAAUGGGAGGUGGAAUUUAAGGCAUAUGAGGGGAAAAGCUGCAGGCAUUAGUUAGCCAGUGUGUGUGUGUGUGUGUGUGUGUGUGUGUGGGUAGGAUAACUAAGUUGGGCACAGUAAGAUGGCCACUGCUUAUGUGUCGACUAGUGUGGAAAAUGUGUAACUGCUUAUGGCUGCUCUUGUAUGAGCUCAAAGUGACAAUGGAUGUGGGGGUAGCGUUAACUGUGUGCUUGCCUGUAGGGAGUGUGUGUGCACCGAGUGUGCGCGUGUGAGAGAAAGAAAGUGUGUGUGUGUCGUGUGUGCAGGGGGUGUGACCGUGUUGUGUGUGGGGAGGGUGUUUGACUGCUUCAUCACACUCCUCUGGCAGAGAGAGGGAGGGAGAGAGAGACCUUCUCCGACACACUCACUGAGGCUGUGUGUGUGAUGGUUGCUGUGUGUGAGAGCUGGUUUGUGAGCGUGGACGAGGGGUAUGAUUAAUCCUAUGGAAUAGGACGUUCAAACAUUUAAAAGACAAAGAAAUAGACAUCUAUGGAUCAGGAAUUUCCAUGAAAUCUGCAAUAAGUGAAGUCAAGAUAUGCUUCAAGGAGAACGGAGAUAUGAAGAAAGUUGCUUUUUGUCCUGCUUGUUGUUAGCGUGUGAGACUGGGUCACUGAGGACAGACACCGUAUUCCCAGGGGCACCUCGCUGGGUCUGCUGGCCACUACAACAGAACGGCUACUUUCCUCUCAGGUCGGAUGUUUUGACAGGACUGCAGCCAUGCUGUGUGGUCUGAGGAGAGAGGCAAAGAACAGCAGCAUCGGUAAGUCUGCCUGACACUCAAUGACUGUGAUGAUGAAUGAAUGAAUAUCACAGCCGUCAUAGGCUAUCUAGUGUGCACUGUAUGUCAUAUGGUUUGUAGUGCUACACCCUAGUAUUGCAGUAGGAAGGGGUUUAGGACUGUCAAUAGCACCUGUAACAGUAUUUAGUUCCUGUGGUUCAAUGGCUUCAGCAUGGUGGUAAAGCACAUCCCACUGUUACGCUUUUCCCCUACAUUUGUACACAUUCAGAUUAAUUCAGAUUCGUUGAAUGACACUUUUUGAAAGACAGCUUUGUCAAGCACCAUUUUACUCACAGUAUAUCUAUUAAUUCACUAAUAAGGCACAGACAGUAGACCUAAUGCCAUUUAAUUAGGGCCGGACAGUACUGAAUACAAGGCUGCAGUCUGAAAUUGGAGCAGAUAUGGCAACGCAAACUGGGUUUAGUGGAGCCCAGUUUAUAUAUAAUGUUUUACCUCUUAAAAUAGCAUUGUGAUUUCAUAGCUAUUGUCAGAGAGGCCCCCACAUUUAACCUACAUUCUGAUUGGUUCUAAGGGGGAUAGCAUACGGUGCCCUGAAUUAGAUUAGGGCACCGUUAAUUGACUCGCCAGAAUUUAAUGGGGGUGACUAUAGUUUUCUGGCACAUUACUUUGCACACCACUUUAAGUAAUGUUGUAAGUACUGUCCUGUUUACAGAUCUCCAGUGUAUGGUUUUUGCAGUUCCGCACUUCAUCCUUGAGCGACCACAGUAGAUGAUUAUUCCCUCUGCCAAGACAACAUGCUCCUACCAGGAGGUUCGUGCCGUGCCAUAACCAGUUGUUGUUGUUCAGGUCAGGGGGGCCUUUUUGUUUUGGCUGCUGAAUUGAUUAAGCCAAUUAAAGAAGUAAUGUAUUUGGCCUAUGAUUGGCCCGUCAGGAUCACUAAUGGUGUUUCUUAACUGGUGCAGGAUGGAUGGGUGCCGGAGAGGCUGAAUUUAUGGUAUAGUGGCGUUCAGUCACGUGGAGCGUAUGAGGUCUUUGUAACCCAGAGCAAACGUUGCCUUUUGACCACAAUAAUGGCUGCUUGGACUGUCAGGGUCCUCAUGAAGCUAUGGGACCGCGCACGCUGCUGCCUGUCCCAGUGUGUCUUUGAUGUUUCACACUGUGUGUAUGUGCGUGCAUGUAUGUCGUGCACUUAUGCCCUAAGGCUGUUGAACAGCAUAUUUGUGCAAGGAAGUGAAUAAAAGGUUGUACAUUAUCAUAGUAUGCAUAUUCCUGCAUGCUUUACAUUUUCGUUUUUGUCAACUCUCAUUAUGUUUGAUUUCUAUAUUAUUUCUGCAUUUCCACAGUUAAGAUGUGGCUAAUCAACCUCCAUGAUUCUAUGAUAUGGAGACAUCCCUUCUCCUUGUCUCUUUCCUUCAAAUGCACUGAUCUGAAAAUGUAGGAAAGGUGAAAGACAAUGAUUGAUACCUACAGUACCAGUACCAGCUAACUGUUUUCAACAGUUACUUUACAUCUGUGCAGAUGAAAGAAAAGGUGACUAAGCUAUUUUUUACACUAUUGAGAUACACCCCAUGUUAUUUUGUCUUUGGGCAAAUUAGUCCUGUGCAUGACAAGAAUGAAAAUUGACCAAAGGCUGGCUCCAUUUGAAUAUUGAUGAUGUGAAUUUAGUUAUGGGUUAUGUGAUAUUAUGCAUGAGGGAUGAUUAGUUGCGAUACUAAAGUGGAUGAAGGGUUAAUUGAGUGCAGAACAGCAAUAUCACCUACACACGUCAUCAUGACAAUCCUGCCUAAAGCUAAUGAAAUCACUAGGCUAAAUUAGCAUUUUGUUUUUCAUCACUAAUAGUGUUACAUGUAACAUUGUACUGUAUAGCUCAGCAAGUGAGUGGAAAAGCUGAGCUGCGUUUAAUCAAUAGUAAGAAUAGUGCUUUUGUUGAAUUUCUUUAGCAUAUAGUGUAUGAAAUCCACCUCUCAGUGCAGCAGCUGAAAUAUAUGGACCUCUCAUAGGCCCUAGCUCUCCUCACAUCAAACAAGGUCUAAACAUGUCUUUGGUUUAGCUUUUCCUUAAGUGUGUAUGUAAUAUGAUGUUUAAAUCACUUGGUUGAAAAGUUAAUCCUCGGUGGACAGGAUUAAGGAAGUGCAGCGUCAGAUUUCUCAUCACAAAUGCUGACAUGCCCAUGCUGUGUCCAGAUUCAAAUGGCCAGGCAGGGCAGGGUCACUGCUAAUCUGGGCCCCGGGCCCCGUGCUGUGUCAGAAAUGGCUCCCACUGUAUAAAGAGGAUCCCAGAGGAACAGAGAACAUUUCCUGGUUUCUUCUGUAGCGGCUGUUGUAAUUGACUGAAAAUGGUUGUAUUCUCCACAUGCCUGAAUAGUCCUUUAACCACAGCAUGUUCCCUCAAGAGCAUUUCCCAGCUCUAACGUAUACUGUAGGCACCAUCUUGGUGCAGACAUCGUGUUUCACUGAGGGUAGAAGAAGCCUGUGGACACAGAUCGCACGAUCAGCUCCAAAUCUAAAUCUUAUCUGUUAGGGUGAACAAGGCAACAUUAUCUUCAGAUCAGCGCCUAUUCGGACUAUUUCGUACUACUCACACUAAAACUAGCUGUCUUGAUCUCUUUACCCCUCCUACUGUUACCAUGGAAACAGCAGCGUGACCUUCCGGGUCACUGAGAUUGACCCGCCAGUGUUCUUUGAGUUAGUUAGCUAAUUGCCUGUUGUAGGAGUUCCUUCCUGUUGUACCUCUCUCUAAUGUCCACUCUCCCUCUAAUGGGGAUCAAAGGGUUAAACGAGGCCCAGGCAGCUGUCAGAGUGUGGACAGGGGAUGUGAUGGUGUCAGAUUUCCCCUUCUCCCUCUCCUCUCAGGAACAGCAUGCACACGUUCCUCACAUACCGUAGUAGUUCUCCAAACAUCCAGAUUAUUCACCAAAUGUCCCUUUCAUUAUUCCAGAUGACGGGCCCUACUCUAAGGGCAGCAAGGACUCUGGAGGGACCGACCAUUCCCUUACCUCCAGGAGACGCAGUAUUGCAGGUACAGUGUGAUUACACCUUACUGUGACUUUCAGUCAUUCUACAUUCUACGGCAUCUUCUCUGUGGUACCAUGUCCAAUAUCUUCAGCCUUUCUCCAAGAUGGAAAGAUAUCCACAAGAGUCAUGCUUUUCACUGGGAUUGUUUGAUUGCACAUGUUCCAUCAUGUCUGCGCUGCGUUGGUUGAUAGAUGUGGUACUGUAGUGCUUAGAUAAGGUGGAGAAAAUGCCUAUGUAGCAUACCUGUCAUUGGAGACUAAAGGAGUCCUCUCCCUACGUAGACUUCAUGUAGCAUUUAACAGCACAGCACAAUGUGUCCGCAGCCAGACAGAAUGGAACCAAUCCCAUACACUAUAUAUACAAAAGUAUGUGGACACCCCUUCAAAUUAGUGGAUUCGCCCAUUUCAGCCACACCCGUUGCUGAUAGGUGUAUACAAUCGAGCACACCGCCAUGCAAUCUCCAUAGACAAACAUUGGCAGUAGCAGCGUCAGCACAAGAACUGUUAAUCGGGAGCUUCAUGAAAUGGGUUUCCAUGGCCGAGCAGCCGCACACAAGCCUAAGAUCACCAUGCGCAAUGCCAAACGUCGGCUGGAGUGGUGUAAAGCUCGCUGCCAUUGGACUCUGGAACAGUGGAAACGCGUUCUCUGGAGCGAUGAAUCACGCUUCACCAUCUGGCAGUCCGAUGGACAAAUCUGGGUUUGGCGGAUGCCAGCAGAACGCUACCUGCCCCAAUGCAUAGUGCCAACUGUAAAGUUUGGUGGAGGAGGAAUAAUAGUCUGGGGCUGUUUUUCAUGGUUCGGGCUAGGCCCCUUAGUUCCAGUGAAGGGAAAUCUUAACGCUACAGCAUACGUUCACAAAGCGAGGUCCAUACAGAAAUGGUUUGUCGAGAUCUGUGUGGAAAAACUUGACUGGCCUGCACAGAGCCUUGACCUCAACCCCAUUGAACACCUUUGGGAUGAAUUGGAACGCCGACUGCGAGCCAGGCCGAAUCGCCCAACAUCAGCGCCCGACCUCACUAAUGCUCUUGUGGCUGAAUGGAAGCAAGCCCAUGCAGCAAUGUUCCAACAUCUAGUGGAAAGCCUUCGCAGAAGAGUGGAGGCUGUUAUAGCAGCAAAGGGGGGACCAACUCCAUAUUAAUGGCCAAGAUUUUGGAAUGAGAUGUUCGACGAGCAGGUGUCUACAUACUUUUCUUCAUGUAGUGUAACCUACAACGUCUGAAGACACUACGGCUAGCUAUCCGUCAGUUAGGGUCAACCCCAAUUUGAACUCAGUUCUGUCCAGGAAAUGAAUAAAUAUAUAAUUUAUCAAUCUGGAAAAUUGCCCUUUUCUGUCAAGAUUUACAUUUUCAAUUCAUCCACUGAAUUCCCAUUAUGUUGAAUGUACUGAGUUAAUAUGGAGCUGACCCCAUCCAUGACAUCAAUCAUCAAAGAGGAGCAAGAGAGAGGGAAAGAGACAGAGGUGGAAAGAUGCGAAAGAGAGCGAGUCAGAAUGAGAGAGAGAGCAGCAUGAUAGAGGCAGAGAUAAUCAAGCCGUGUUUGUAGCAGCUCAGAGAAACAGGCUCAGUGUCCCAGAUGGAUGCUGACUCUGUGACUCAGUCCAUCCACUGUUCCUCCUGUCUGUUUCUGUGUGUCUGUAGAGGACUACCGGGGUGUGACCACGGUGGACCUGAUAAAAAGGGAGGGCAGCAGCCUGGGCCUCACCAUCUCCGGGGGGUCCGAUAAGGACGGCAAGCCCAGAGUGUCAAACCUGCGGCCAGGUGGGCUAGCUGCCAGGUGAGAUCUCGACUAGGAUGACACAUCUGUAACCUGGCAACUGCAGUGAGCUGUCUGCCUGUGUUACCCACAUGUCGUCUGUAAUACACCAUCUCGCCCUAACCUAGGUAUUAUAGACGCUGCAGUAGAUCAGCUCUUUACUGGGUGAUGUUGAGCCUGGAAGUGAUAUUACACCAGGACACAGUGUAUGAGAGAGUCUCCUAUGUUAAUAAACAAGAUAAAUAUGGAUGUUCCCACCGACUCACGAAUCACACCAACUAAAUGAAAUGAAACUACAGCGAAUUCAUUUGUACAUUAAGUUCAUGUAGAGAAGAUUUUAAGCGACGACCUGCUUUAUUUAAUUGCCUCCCAAUUCUCUUGGUAUUCAUAAGGAUGUAAUGUUUCUAUUUUGGAGUGUGGAGCGAUGUAAUUUCAUUACAGAUUGCCUAAUUAACAUCCAAUUAAUUUCAUUUGUUCAGCCACGAGAGCAAAACGCAAUGGAAAGCACUCACGCUUCAGUGACUAAGCAUCAUGUGCCUCUAAUGACACACACACACAUUAAAUACUUGGAAUAUAACAUUCUUUCUGUCACCACGGAAGUGUCUCAGUGUAGAAUGUGAUCAAACGACUAGACAUGACAAUCAUGAUAUUGCUUACCAGCUUAUCUCACUACCAUUGUAACCAUUACACCACUGGCCUGUUUGCUGGUCGGUUGGUCUCGUAAACAGUAUACCCUGAGUGUAUGCUCUUUCCAUGACAUAAACUGACCAGGUGAAUCCAGGUGAAAGCUAUGAUCCCUUAUUGAUGUCACUUGUUAAAUCCACUUCAAUCAGUGUAGAUGAAGGGGAGGAGACAGGUUAAAGAAGGAUUUUUAAGCCUUGAGACAAUUGAGACAUGGAUUGUGUAUGUGUGCCAUUCAGAGGGUGAAUGGGCAAGACAAAAUAUUUAAGUGCCGUUGAACAGGGUAUGGUAGUAGGUGCCAGGCACACCGGUUUGAGUGUACUGUAUCAAGAACUGCAACACUGCUGGGUUUUUCACGCUCAUCAGUUUCCCGUGUGUAUCAAGAAUGGUCCACCACCCAAAGGACAUCCAGCCAACUUGACACAACUGUGGGAAGCAUUGGAGUCAACCUAGGACAGCAUCCCUGUGAAACGCUUUCGACACCUUGUAGAGUCCAUUCCCCGACUCAAUAUUAGGAAGGUUCCUAAUGUUUUUUACCCUCAGUGUAUAUCUAUGUUGAGAUGAGAGCGUAUGAGCGUGUUUGGUAGGCUGAUGCUGAUAUGUGUGUCCUGCGUCACUGUAGCGAUUGGCAGUAGCCCAGAGGUGUAGCAGAGCAGUACAUCUAUUUAAUUAGCAUCUAAAUGUUGACUCACAAUGUCACAUGAGACGCACCAUGUCUGUCUACUUCUUAGCACCUUUUCUUAUCGUCAAUCGCCAUAGCAUAGAUUUACAUUAAUACAGUGCAUUUGGAAAGUAUUCAGACCCCUUGACCUUUUCCACAUUUUGUUACGUUACAGCCUUAUUCUAAAAUGAAUUACAUCGUUUUUUCCCCCUCAUAAAUCUACACACAAUACCCCAUAAUGACAAAGCAAAAACAGUUUUUAGAAUUUUUUUGCUAAUGUAUUACAAAUUCUACGUUCUAAAAACCUAUUUUUGCUUUGUCAUUGUGGGGUAUUGUGUGUAGAUUUAUGAGGGGAAAAAACGAUGUAAUAAUUUUUAGAAUAAGGCUGUAACGUGUGGAAAAAGUCAAGGGGUCUGAAUACUUUCCAAAUGCACUGUACACACAGCUUGUGUUACAAUUAGACAAUCUGCUACAAAGAUGCCAAACAGUGUUCAUGACAGGGCAGAGAUGAAAAUACACGACAAUGUUCUCAAGCCAUGAAUCAGGAGAUGGGAUGUUGUUUUGAGAGUAUCAUUAGUGGAGUUAGGAAUUUUUCCUAAGUAAGUGACCCAAGCCAGAGUUAUUCUUGGCUAAGUGACAUGGUCAGGAAAAACGCCUUUCCCUACACAUCAACCAACAUUUUCAAUUGUAAAUCGAUCUGAGUGCCUCUUAUCUUAUCUUGCACAGGAGUGACCAGCUGAAUGUGGGAGACCACAUCAAGUCAGUGAACGGCAUCAACCUGUCCAAGCUCCGCCACGAUGAGAUCAUCAGCCUGCUGAAGAACAUAGGGGAGCGUGUGGUGCUGGAAGUGGAGUUCGAACUACCUCCCUUUGGUUCGAGCACUUCUAGUGUGUAUAGACCUGCCUCUGGGCUGUUGUUAGUAGUUCUGUUAUGUCCAUAUCUUUGCAUUUCAAAUGACAUACAGUGGGGGAAAAAAGUAUUUAGUCAGCCACCAAUUGUGCAAGUUCUCCCACUUAAAAAGAUGAGAGAGGCCUGUAAUUUUCAUCAUAGGUACACGUCAACUAUGACAGACAAAUUGAGGAAAAAAAAUCCAGAAAAUCACAUUGUAGGAUUUUUAAUGAAUUUAUUUGCAAAUUAUGGUGGAAAAUAAGGAUUUGGUCACAUACAAACAAGCAAGAUUCCUGGCUCUCACAGACCUGUAACAUCUUCUUUAAGAGGCUCCUCUGUCCUCCACUCGUUACCUGUAUUAAUGGCACCUGUUUGAACUUGUUAUCAGUAUAAAAGACAGCUGUCCACAACCUCAAACAGUCACACUCCAAACUCCACUAUGGCCAAGACCAAAGAGCUGUCAAAGGACACCAGAAACAAAAUUGUAGACCUGCACCAGGCUGGGAAGACUGAAUCUGCAAUAGGUAGAAAAUCAACUGUGGGAGCAAUUAUUAGGAAAUGGAAGACAUACAAGACCACUGAUAAUCUCCCUCGAUCUGGGGCUCCACGCAAGAUCUCACCCCGUGGGGUCAAAAUGAUCACAAGAACGGUGAGCAAAAAUCCCAGAACCACACGGGGGGACCUAGUGAAUGACCUGCAGAGAGCUGGGACCAAAGUAACAAAGCCUACCAUCAGUAACACACUACGCCGCCAGGGACUCAAAUCCUGCAGUGCCAGACGUGUCCCCCUGCUUAAGCCAGUACAUGUCCAGGCCCGUCUGAAGUUUGCUAGAGUGCAUUUGGAUGAUCCAGAAGAGGAUUGGGAGAAUGUCAUAUGGUUAGAUGAAACCAAAAUAGAACUUUUUGGUAAAAACUCAACUUGUCGUGUUUGGAGGACAAAGAAUGCUGAGUUGCAUCCAAAGAACACCAUACCUACUGUGAAGCAUGGGGGUGGAAACAUCAUGCUUUGGGGCUGUUUUUCUGCAAAGGGACCAGGACGACUGAUCCGUGUAAAGGAAAGAAUGAAUGGGGCCAUGUAUCAUGAGAUUUUGAGUGAAAACCUCCUUCCAUCAGCAAGGGCAUUGAAGAUGAAACGUGGCUGGGUCUUUCAGCAUGACAAUGAUCCCAAACACACCGCCCGGGCAACGAAGGAGUGGCUUCGUAAGAAGCAUUUCAAGGUCCUGGAGUGGCCUAGCCAGUCUCCAGAUCUCAACCCCAUAGAAAAUCUUUGGAGGGAGUUGAAAGUCCGUGUUGCCCAGCGACAGCCCCAAAACAUCACUGCUCUAGAGGAGAUCUGCAUGGAGGAAUGGGCCAAAAUACCAGCAACAGUGUGUGAAAACCUUGUGAAGACUUACAGAAAACGUUUGACCUGUGUCAUUGCCAACAAAGGGUAUAUAACAAAGUAUUGAGAAACUUUUGUUAUUGACCAAAUACUUAUUUUCCACCAUAAUUUGCAAAUAAAUUCAUUUUAAAAUCCUACAAUGUGAUUUUCUGGAUUUUUUUCCCUCAUUUUGUCUGUCAUAGUUGACGUGUAUCUAUGAUGAAAAUAACAGGCCUCUCAUCUUUUUAAGUGGGAAAACUUGCACAAUUGGUGGCUGACUAAAUACUUUUUUCCCCCACUGUAUAUGAUAUUGCAGAUCAGGUCAACAUAUCUUGCUUUUGUUCUUGGCUGAAAAGCCUCCAAUUCUCUCUGUGUUCUUACAAUUGGACAUUAUUCCGGUACAUACUUGCUCAUCUAUUUCUGGACUGUGACCCAACAAGUAAACAAACAAUUGAUGAUCCCAUUGGAGGCUGGUGUCAAUUUUAAUUGGAGGACGGGCUCAUUAUAAUGGCCGAAAUGAAACGUGGAAUGUGUUUGAUGUCUACGAUACAUUUCAAUUGAUUCCAUUCCAGCCAUGAGCCGUCCUCCCUUCACCAGCCUCCACCGGAUGAUCCAGUCGUGACAUAAGGAUUCAACCACUAAAACAGCUACCCAGCAAUGGGUUGUACCUCUGGCAGUGAGUGGGUUGCAUUUAACACUAUCUUACAAUGUUCCAUUAUUUUAAAGGUGGGUAAAACCUCCAUGUCACUGUCUUUUUGCAAUGGUGAUUGGGUUUGUGUCCUGAGAUGUUGGUUGGCAAGAUGGUGUUGGUCUGCUUCUCUCAUUGUUUAAACUCUGAACUACUCUCUCUCUCCCUCUCUGUUUUCAGUCCAGAACACUCCCUCAGGUGUCAUAGCUAAGACCAUAGAGGUGUGCCUAUACAAGGAGGGCAACAGCUUUGGAUUCGUCAUGAGAGGUGGGCAUCAUCAAGUCUGUUAGAAUGUACAGUGUGUAUAUUAAAGGGUGGGAAAGGAUGAAAGAUUGAACUAGAGCUGGAGUGUGUAUGUGUGUUCUGUUGUUCUAGGAGGGUUCCAUGAAGACUGGCACAGGUCUCGUCCUCUGGUAGUGACCUACGUACGGCCCGGGGGGCCAGCUGACAGGUAAAGACAUGCAGAGAUGAAACUGUGUGUGCGUGCCCACGUGCUUUUACCAUCAUGAGUAAUUUCACAUGAGUAAGCGCAAGGACGUUUCUAGCAUUUUGGGGGCCCUAAGCAAGAUUUUGUUGGGGGCCCCUCCCACCUCACGGGCAAAACAUUUUAGUGGCUCCCCUCUUGGUGGCGCAGAGAAAAAUUUGCAGCUUUAAAGAUAAUUUCCUGCAAUUCUACACAUAGAGAAAAUGUUGCAGUUUUAAAGGCCAUUUUCUGCAUUUCUACACAUUUCUCCGUGGGGCAUAGAGAACAUUUUGCAGUUUUAAAACACAUUUCAUGCGAUUCUACACAUUUCAAAUAAAUAAAAUAUUAUUUGUAAAAUGCUUCGUAAACAACAGGUGUAAACUAACACUGAAAUGCUUACUUACAUCAAUGCAGAGAGAAAAACUAUAGAAACAUAAUAACACAAUAAAUAAAUACCAAUGAGUAACGAUAACUUGGCUAUAUACACUGGGUACCAGUACCGAGUCGAUGUGCAGGGGUACAAGGUAAUUGAGGUAGAUAUGUACAUAUAGGUAGGGGUAAAGUGACUAGGCAACAGGUUAGAUAAUAAGCAGUAGCAGCAGUGUAUGUGAUGAGUCAAAAUAAUUAGUGCAAAGGGGAGCAUCAAUGCAGAUAGUCUGGGUAGCUAUUUGGUUAACUACUUAGUCUUAUGGCUUGGGGGUAGAAGCUGUUCAUGGUCCUGUUGGUUACAGACUUGGUGCAAUUUUUUGGGCCUUCUUCUGAUACUGCCUGAUAUAGAGGUCCUGGAUGGCAGGGAGUUCGGCCCCAGUGAUGUACUGGGCCGUACGCACUACCCUCUGUAGCGCCUUGUGAUCAGAUGCCAAGCAGUUGCAUUACCAAGCGGUGAUGCAGCCAGUCAAGAUGCUCUCAAUGGUGCAGCUGUAUAACUUUUUGAGGAUCUGAGGGCCCAUGCCAAAUCUUUUUAGCCUCCUGAGGGGGAAGAGGCAUUGUCGUGCCUUCUUCACCAUGUUAAUUCCUUAGUGAUAUGGACACUGAGGAACUUGAAGCUCUCGACCCGCUCCACUACAAACCCACCGAUCUGGAUGGGGGCGUGCUCGCCCCGCCGUUUCCUGUAGUCCAUGAUCAGCUCCUUUGUCUUGCUGACGUUGAGGGGAAGGUUGUUGUCCUGGCACCACACUGCCAGGUUACUGAUCUCCUCCCUAUAGGCUGUCUUAUCGUUGUUGGUGAUCAAACCUACCACCAUUGUGUCGUCAACAAACUUAAUGAUGGUGUUGGAGUCGUGCGUGGUCACGCAGUUGUGGGUGAACAGGGAGCUAUAGUCAAUGAACAACAUUCUUACAUAGGUGUUCCUCUUAUCCAGGUGGGAGAGGACAGUGCUGAGUGCAAUAGAGAUAGCGUCAUCUGUUGGGGCGGUAUGCGAAUUGAGUGGGUCUGGGAUGAUGGUGUUGAUGUGAGCCAUGACCAGCCUUUUAAAGCAUUUCAUGGCUACAGAUGUGAGUGCUACGGGGCGAUAGACAUUUAGACAGGUUACCUUGGCGUUCUUGGUUACAGGGACUAUGGUGGUCUUCUUGAAACAUGUAGGUAUUACAGACUGGGUCAGGGAGAGGUUGAAAAUGUCAGUGAAGACACUUGGCAGCUGAUCAGCGCAUGCUCUGAUUACGCAUCCUGGUAAUCAUGUUUAAAGGUCUUACUCACAUCGGCUAUGAAGAGCAAGAUCACACAGUCGUCCGGAACAGCUGGUGCUCUCAUGCAUGGUUCAGUGUUGUUUGCCUCAAAGUGAGCAUAGAAGGUAUUUAGCUCGUCUGGUCACUGGGCAGCUCGUGGCUGGGUUACCAUUUGUAAUCCGGAGUAGUUUGCAAGCCCUGCCACAUCCGACGAGCAUCAGAGCCGGCGUAGUAGGAUUUGAUAUUAGUCCUGUAUUGACGCUUUGCCUGUUUGAUGGCUCGUCGUAGCAGGAUUUCUUAUAAGCGUCCAGAUUAGUGUCCCGCUCUUUGAAAGAGGCAGCUCUAGCAUUUAGCUCAGUGCAGAUGUUGCCUGUAAUCCAUGGCUUCAGGUUGGGUUAUGUACGUGCAGUCACUGUGGGGACGACGUUGUCGAUGCACUUACUGUAUGAAGCCGGUGACUCCCGGAACAUAUUCCAGUCUGUGUUAGUGAAACAGUCCUGUAGCUUAGCAUCCACUUCAUCGGUCCACUUCCGUAUUGAGUGCAUCACUGGUACCUCCUGUUUGAGUUUUUGCUUGUAAGCAGGAAUCAGGAGGAUAGAGUUAUGGUCAGAUUUUCCAAAGGGAGGGUGAGGGAGAGCCUUGUAUGCGUUUCUGUGUGUGGAGUGAUGGUGAUCAAGAGUUUUGUUGCACAGGUGACAUGCUGGUAAAAUUUGGUGAAACGGAUUUCAGUUUCCCUGCAUUAAUCACCGGCCACUAGAAGCGCCGGCUGUUGAUAUGCAUUUUCUUGUUUGCUUACAGCCCUAUACAGAUCCUUGAGUGUGGUAUUAGUGCCAGCAUCGGUUUGUGGUGGUAAAUAGACAGCUACGAAAAAUAUAGAUGAAAAUUAUCUUCGUAAAUAGUGUGGUCUGCAGCUUAUCAUGAUGAUGUUCUUAUCAUUAUAUAUUAGAGAUCGCACACCAGCUGCUGUUAACAAAGAGACACACCCCUCCCCCUUUAGUCUUCACCGAGGCUGCCCUCUGGUCUAGACGAUACAUGGAGAAACCCGCAAGAUAUACAUUAUCCAUGUCCUUGUUCAGCCAAGACUCCCCGAAGCAUAGAAUAUUACAGUUCUUCAGGUCCUGUUGAUAGGAUAGUCUCGAAUGUAGUUAAUCCGGUUUUUUCUCCAGUGACUGCACAUUCACCAACAGAGCAGAGAGCAAUCGGGGUCUAUUUGUUCGCCAACAUAAUCUCGUUAGGAGGCCGCCUAGCCUGCCUCUUUUUCACCACCGCUUCCACUUUCAAGUCCCAUUGAUUAGGGCCUGGUCCGGAGUAAGCAGAACGUCCAGAGCUGCCGACUCGUUGAAGUAGAACUCUUCAUCCAAAUCGCUGUUCUGAUGUCCAAAAGCCGUCUUCGAUCAUAGGAAAUGAUGGCGGAGACAUUAUGUACACACAAAAUGGUCAGGAGCCCAUAAAUCAGACGUUAUCCACUGCAGCGCCAUCUUUUAAUUUGGGUUUGAGAGAAGAAAUUGCAUUUUUAAAGCUAAUUUCCUGCAGUUCUACAUAUUUUGCCAUUACUUAUGCCAUGUUCAUAUGAUAUGAGUGAGAGUGACUAACAAAUUCAAUGGGGCCCCCUGGAGGUCGGGGCCCCAUUGAAUUUGUUAGUCACUCUCACUCAUAUCAUAUGAACAUGGCAUAAGUCAUGGCAAAAUGUGUAGAACUGCAGGAAAUUAGCUUUAAAAAUGCCACUACAUGCCUUGCCUUCCGGUCAGUAAUUCAGCCAUGCAAUCUAUAAAAUGUUAACUGACAUGGGCUAAUUGAGUGACUUUCAGUGACUGACAUACCAAUAGGAAAACUGCUGAUUUACUACCAAAUUUCAAAAUUGCACAUUGUGUAUUCUACUAUCCUAACUAACAGUAAGUUGAGACCCCGACUGACUUUCUUAUGCCUAGAAACGGCACUGAGUAAGCGAUUUUAAGAAGCUCUGAGUGCCUUGUUUUCAAUCAGUGUAUGGAUCUGUGUGCAAUCUUUAUAGCUUGCUGACCCUGGUUUGGUCCUUUGCCAUUUGUUUCAAUGGCAAAUGCUAUUCAAAAGAUGUAGUGAUACGCAUUGCCUCCCAGACCUAUGGAAAUGCAGUCAUGCAUUAAUGUUAAAUCCACAUUCACAGUAUAAAGGGCAAGCUUUAUCCUAAGGCUAGGGACUAGCUAGCUGAAUACUGUACUGCACUGUUCCAAGAUUUCUCAGAAUAUUGAGGGCAACAUUACUUUUGUAUAGCAAGCAGUGACAUGGUGAGUAUGCUGUACACCAUGAGAGAAUAUGUUGAUAUUAUUUAUGUUCGUUCAUUUCCUGAGAGGUCAGAGAUAGAAUCUCUCUUUUACCGGAGAGAGGACAAAACACCCCCUUCCCCUUUCUUUCUAGAGACAGAAAACUGAAAGAUGGUGAACAUCUGAUGUGUCUGUGUGGACUAAGUGGCUAUAUUCACUGUCCUCCUUUACAUAAACGUUCUCUCUCUUCCCUCUCCUUUCUCUCUCUCCUUUCAAUGCCCCCCCCCCCCCCCCUCUCCCUUCCCCUUUCCGUCUCUCUACCAGAGAGGGAACACUGAAGGCUGGUGACCGCGUGCUGAGCAUAGAUGGGAUGCCCUUAAACCGAGAGAAGCACGCUGACGCCCUGACUAUGCUGAUGCAGAGUAGCCAGGAAGCCCUGUUCCUGAUUGAGUAUGAUGUCUCCCUCAUGGGUGAGCACACACGCGCCUGGCGGAGGGGGAAUAUGUGAGAAUACGGCAGGCCGGGUAACAUCGCUCUGAGGGUAAAUAAUGUGUUUGUUCCACAAGAAUGUAUUAGAGUGUUGGCUGCGCACAAGACGCAACCCAGGGAUUCACACGGCUCCAAAACACACGUCAACACUGAGUAGGAAUGGUACAGCAGGUACAUACAAUCUACAGUGGCUUGCGAAAGUAUUCACCCUCCUUGGCAUUUUUCCUAUUUCGUUGCCUUACAAUCUGGAAUUAAAAUGGAUUUUUGGGGGGUUUGUAUCAUUUGAUUUACACAACAUGACUACCACUUUGAAGAUGUGAAACAAACAAGAAAUAAGACAAAAAAACAGAAAACUUGAGCGUGCAUAACUAUUUACUUCCCUGUAUUUAACGGCAUCCAUCAUUCCUUUGAUUCUGACCAGUUUCCCAGUCCCUGCCGAUGAAAAACAUCCCCACAGCAUGAUGCUGCCACCACCAUGCUUCACUGUGGGGAUGGUGUUCUCAGGGUGAUGAGAGGUUUGUGCCAGACAUAGAGUUUUCGUUGAUGGCCAGAAAGCUCAAUUUUAGUCUCGUCUGACCAGAGUACCUUCUUCCAUAUGUUUGGGGAGUCUCCCACAUGCCUUUUGGCGAACACCAAACAGGUUUGCUUAUUUUCUUCUUUAAGCAAUGGCUUUUUUCUGGCCACUCUUCCGUAAAGCCCAGCUCUGUGGAGUGUAUGGCUUAAAGUGGUCCUAUGGACAGAUACUCCAAUCUCCGCUGUGGAGCUUUGCAGCUCCUUCAGGGUUAUCUUUGGUCUCUUUGUUGCCUCUGAUUAAUGCCCUCCUUGCCUGGUCCAUGAGUUUUUGUGGGCGGCCCUAUCUUGGCAGGUUUGUUGUGGUGCCAUAUUAUUUCCAUUUUUUAAUAAUGGAUUUAAUGGUGCUCCGUGGGAUGUUCACAGUUUCUGAUAUUUUUUUAUAACCCAACCCUGAUCUGUACUUCUCCACAACUUUGUACCUGACCUGUUUGGAGAGCUCCUUGGUCUUCAUGGUGCCACUUCCUUGGUGGUGCCCCUUGCUUAGUGGUGUUGCAGACUCUGGGGCCUUUCAGAACAGGUGUAUAUAUACUGAGAUCAUGUGACAGAUCAUGUGAUACACAGGUGGACUUUAUUUAACUAAUUAUGUAGGUAAUUCUGAAGGUAAUUGGUUGCACCAGAUCUUAUUUAGGGGCUUCACAGCAAAGGGGGUGAAUACAUAUGCACGCACCAGUUUUCCGUUAUUAAUUUUUUUGAAUUUUUUGAAACAAGUUACUUUUUUCAUUUCACUUCACCAAUUUGGACUAUUCUGUGUAUGUCCAUUACAUGAAAUCCAAAUAAAAAUCCAUUUAAAUUACAGGUUGUAAUGCAACAAAAUAGGAAAAACGCCAAGGGGGAUGAAUAAUCUUUCAAGGCACUGUAUAAAUAUACUCUAAUAAUUCCAAUAUAGAAGUCUACUCUAUAUUGUAUGGAAGUUUUUAUCUUUCAUUUUGUGUGGUGCUUCUAAUUGUUUUAGUCUUCUUAAUGAAGCAAAAAAAGCAAAUGGAGAUCUAGGCUUUCAUAUACCCUAAUUAGCCCUAACACUAGUGCUCUCUGAGACAGACAGACAGACGUUCUCGCUUUAGAGCGAGCCCCUCAGAAGGAUACAGAAUGUUGAGGACAGAGAUUGCAUCCAUUUGGUGAGGUCAAAUGUCAAAUAGCCCUUAAGUCUGUUCUCCUCCAAUAUGAAAAUGUCUUACUCCAUGCCAGGGGGGAUUUUACUGCCUUCAUCUGGCAAGCAGCACACGCCCCUCAGUACAGCUGGAAGUCAGUGACAGUCAUCCAUGGUUUUGUCAGCCUGAGUCUGGGACUCUCCUCUGGUACAGUCCCCAGGCAGGACAGGGUUGGACAUGAGUCCCAGACAAGGUCUCAGACGAGUGGACGUUUCCCUGAGAGACAAUCUAGUGUUUCUCUGUUGCGCCGCAAGCCCCUAGCUCUGUCGUUUCUCUGUAUCACUGGAUAAGAUGUCUUGUAUGUCACCAGCUGAGACAGAUUGACCUCUGUACUGCCGUAGUUGAAUGUUAAUUGAGGUGGGUUGAGGUGAAAGGGAAUAUCCUUCUUUCAAAUAUAGUGGGAGAGCAUCAUUAACAAACCAAAUGCCCUCUGAAAAAAUAUAAUGGGCUCUUCAGUUUUAAGAGAGGAGAUAAUGAAGAGAAAGUAAAUGUGUAAAUAAUGUGGAGAUGAUAAUGUAGAGAGAGUUACUGUUGCUAUUUGCAACAUUUCCUAAGUACUCAGACACUGAUUCCAUCACUUUGUACUGUAGUAACCUUAACCCAACACCAAGCGACCUCGUCAAUUCGCUACAGUACCAUGGAUAUUCCCCCCUAAUGUAGUGAAUGUCUGUGUCUCUCAAGAGUCAGUCCAGCAGGCCUCUGGCCCCCUACUGGUGGAGAUAAUGAAGUGUCCUGCAGCCAGUCUGGGUGUCAGCCUGGCUACUGCUGUGUACAGGAACAAACAGGUCAUCGUCAUCGACAAGAUAAAACAAGCCAGUGUGGUGGAAAGGUAAGGCAAGCCUACCAAAGAUACCAUACUGUAUUUUGCAUGAAAUUACAGUAGCUUUAGACUAAAUGUGAAAUGCUUUUCUCCUUUCAAAUACCUCUCUGUCUGUCCCUUUCUUACCCCUCUCUCUCAGGUGUGGGGCAUUGCAUAUAGGUGAUCUCAUCCUGUCUAUAGAUGGGACCAGCACUGAGCACUGUUCCCUGAUGGAGGCCACGCAGCUAUUGGCCCAAACCUCUGACGUUGUCAAAUUGGAGAUCCUCCCAGCCAAUCAGAGCAGACUUCCCAUGAGACCCCAAGACACAGGUCAGUCUAUCACAGGACUUGAGCCAUAUCCCAACACUCUCCAAGGCAUCCGCUCCUCCCCUUCUCACAGGAUCUUGUUUAUGUAAUGUUUAGGUAGUUUUAUACGUACAGUGCCUUCAGAAAGUACCCCUUAACUUAUUCCAUAUUUUGUUGUUAUAGAAUGACUUCAAAAUGGAUUAGAUUGUAUUUCUCACAUCUACACACAAUACCCCAUAAUGACAAAGUGAAAACAUGUUUUCACUGUUCUAAUUUACAUAUGUAUUCACACCCCUCAGUCAAUACAUGUUAGAAUCACAUUUGGCAGCGAGUCUUUCUGGGUAAGUCUCUUAAGAGUUUUGCACACCUGGAUUGUACAAUAUUUUCACAUUAAUUCUUCAAGCUCUGUCAAGUUGGUUGUUGUUCAUUGCAUUUUCAAGUCUUUGCCAUAGAUUUUCAAGCCAAUUUAAGUCAAAACUGUAACUAGGCCAAUCGGCCAUGUCGUCUUGGUAAGCAACUCCAGUGUAUAUUUGGUUGUGUGUUUUAGGUUAUUGUCCUGCUGAAAGGUGAUUUUGUCUCCCAGUGUCUGUUGGAAAGCAGACUGAACCAUGUUUUCCUCUAGGAUUUUGUCUGUGCUUAGCUCGAUUCCAUUUAUUUUAUCCUAAAAGAACUCCCUUGCCGAUGACAAGCAUACCCAUAACAUGAUGCAGACACCACCAUUCCUGAAAAUAAACUACAUGGUAUGUGGACACCUGCUCGUCUAACAUCUUAUUCCAAAAUCAUGGGCAUUAAUAUGGAGUUUGCCCCCCUUUGCUUCUAUAACAGCCUCCACUCUUCUGGGAAGACUUUCCACUAGAUGUUGUAACAUUGCUGCGGGGGCUUGCUUCAGCCACAAGAGCAAUACUGAGGUUGGGCACUGAUGUUGGGCGAUUAGGCCUGGCUCGCAGUCGGCAUUCCAAUUCAUCCCAAAGGUGUUCGAUGGGGUUGUCAGGUCUCUGUGCAGGCCAGUCAAGUUCUUCCACACUGAUCUCGACAUGCCAUUUCUGUAUGGACCUUGCUUUGUGCACGGGGGCAUUGUCAUGCUGAAACAGUAACGGGCCUUCCCCAAACUGUUGCCACAAAGUUGCAAGCACAGAAUCGUCUAGAAUGUCAUUGUAUGCUGUAGCGUUAAGAUUUUCCUUCACUGGAACUAAGGGGUCCGUCCGUCAGACUGCCAGAUGGUGAAGCGUGAUUCAUCACUCCAGAUCCAAUGGCGGCGCGCUUUACACCACUCCAGCCAAUGAUUGGCAUUGCGCAUGGUGAUCUUAGGCUUGUGUGCGGCUGCUCGGCCUUGGAAACCCAUUUCAUGAAGCUCCCAACGAACAGUUCUUGUGCUGAUGUUGCUCCCAGAGGCAGUUUGGAACUCGGUACUGAGUGUUGCAACCGAGGACAGACGAUUUUUACGCGCUUCAGCACUCGGCGGUCCCUUUCUGUGAGCUUGUGGGGCCUACCACUUCGCGGCUGAGCCGUUGUUUCUCCUAGACGUUCCCACUUCACAAUAACAGCACUUACAGUUGACUGGGGCAGCUCUAGCAGGGCAGAAAUUUGACAAACUGACUUGUUGGAAAGGUGGCAUCCUAUGACGGUGCCACGUUGAAAGUCACUGAGUUUGUCUAUGGAGAUUGCAUGGCGGUGUGCUCGAUUUUAUACACCUGUCAGCAACAGGUGUGGCUGAAAUAGCCGAAUCCACUAAUUUGAAGGGGUGUCCACAUACUUUUGUAUAUAUAAUGUAUAAAGCCAUGGAUGUCUCACAGAUUCAGGACACUGUAGGAUGUCUUAUGAAUGCAUGUAGGUAAACCCCAAGCCCUUUUCAAACCUCCACAUUGGUCUCAGGUAGAAGUUGUCAUUAACCCUUUCCUACCCCCUAUGCCUAAUCAUAAGAAGGGGGACAAGAUGUCUGACCCUGGCUCAUUAGUUAGGGGAAACUUCUACCCACUCCUCCAAAACAUCCAUCUCACUCUGUGGUCCUGUAAACUUUUUUCUCCUGUAGCUUAUAGCUAAGCUCACCUAGAGGAGCGCUUUAAGAACUCUAUUUCCUAUCUUUACUGGGGAAGAGAAACAGCAAAUUUUUUGCUUACCAUAUCAGUCUUAUUAAAUCCCCCGUGAGGAUUAGACAAAUUGCACUUUAUGAUCACUUAUAAUACCCAAAGUAGCAUGGACUCACUCUGUGUGCAAUAAUAGUGUUUAAUAUGAUUUUUUGAAUGACUACCUCAUCUCUGUAGCCCACACAUACAAUUAUAUGUAAGGUCCCUCAGUCGAGCAGUGAAUUUCAAACAAAGCGUAUGUAUCAUUAAAAUAUUAUGUUGUUGCAUGUCAUUUCAAUAAUGAAUCUAUAUCUAAUCCAACUUUGAAGGACAUAAAAAAAUACAUUUUAUAGGCACAAAUCAAAAGUCAGUCAAACACUUCCUGAUUUGUUUUCAUUAUCUUGAGUACAUGCAUUAGUUAGUGAUACAGUCCAACUCCAUUAGGUAGUGGGUGUCUCGCUAAUGACACAAUAUUUAUUUGACGAAACAACCAUAAGAACCGUACACUUAAGCUAAGACGCCCACCACAGAUAAGGCAGCCGCUGUCGUUAAGACUAAGCCACAGUAUAGUUCUACCAAACAUCGGCUUCCGUGAUCCCACCCAGCUUCACAUGCUAAGAAACCACCUCCAACCGUUGACCCAGAUAGAAGCCUGGGAAAAAACACGGCAUGAAUACCAUCUCAGAGAGGCGUGUGUGUGUUUGUGGGUGCGUAGCUUGUCGCUAUGCAUAAGAGGCCGGUGGCCUACCCCAGGGCACAGGGCUUGUAGCCCCCAGCACUCUCCACACGCAGCGUGAUUCACAGAACAUAGGAGGAGGCAGCUAACCCUCUGCAGUCCCUUUAUAGCAGCAGCCGUUAACAAAGGUCACCAUGUAGGGGUGUGAAUAUGCUGAAAACCCAGUUUAUCUGGAUUUUGUCUGCUGGGUUACAUACUGUGCCUUCAGAAAGUAUGCACACCCCUAGACUUUUUCCACAUUUUGUUGUGUUACAGCCUGAAUUUUUAAUACAUUAAAUUACACACAAUACCCCAUAAUGUCAAAAUGGAAAUAUGUUUUUAGAAUAUUUUACAAAUUAAUUGAAAAUGAAAAGCUGAAAUGUCUUGAGUCAACAAGUAUUCAACCCCUUUGUUAUGGCAAGAAUAAAUAAGUUCAGGAGUAAACAUUUGCUUAACAAGUCACAUAAUAAGUUGCACUCACUCUGUGUGCAAUAAUAGUGUUUAAUAUGAUUCAUCUCUGUACCCCACACAUACAAUUAUAUGUAAGGUCCCUCAGUCGAGCAGUGAAUUUCAAACAAAGAUACAACCCCAAAGACCAGGGAGGUUUUCCAAUGUCUCACAAAGAAGGUCACCUAUUGGUAGAUGGGUAAAAAACAAAACAAAACAAAAACAGACAUUGAAUAUCCCAGUUACACUUUGGAUGGUGUAUCAAUACACCCAGUCACUAUAAAGAUACAGGUGUCCUUCCUAACUCAGUUGCCGGAGAGGAAGGGAUCCGCUCAGGGAUUUCACCAUGAGGCCAAUGGUGACUUUAAAACAGUUACAGAGUUUAAUGGCUGUGAUAGGAGAAAACCAAGGAUGGAUCAACAACAUGGUCGUUACUCCACCAUACUAACCUAAAUGACAGAGUGAAAAGAAGGAAGCUUGUACAGAAUAAAAAUAUUCCAAAACGUGCAUCCUGUUUGCAAUAAGGCACUAAAGUAAAACUGCAAAAAAUCUGGCAAAGAAAUUAACUUUAUGUUCUGAAUACAAAACAUUAUGUUUCGGGCAAAUCCAAUGAUUUGGAGAUUGCAUGGCUGUGUGCUCGAUUUUAUACACCUGUCAGCAACGGGUGUGGCUGAAAUAGCCGAAUCCACUAAUUUGAAGGGGUGUCCACAUACUUUUGUAUAUAUAAUGUAUAAAGCCAUGGAUGUCUCACAGAUUCAGGACACUGUAGUAUGUCUUAUGAAUGCAUGUAGGUAAACCCCAAGCCCUUUUCAAACCUCCACAUUGGUCUCAGGUAGAAGUUGUCAUUAACCCUUUCCUACCCCCUAUGCCUAAUCAUAAGAAGGGGGACAUGAUGUCUGACCCCCACUCCUCCAAAACUUCCAUCUCACUCUGUGGUCCUGUAAACUUUUUUCUCCUGUAGCUUAUAGCUAAGCUCACCUAGAGGAGCGCUUUAAUAACUCUAUUUCCUAUCUUUACUGGGGAAGAGAAACUGCUAAUUUUUUGCUUACCAUAUCAGUCUUAUUAAAUCCCCCGCGAGGAUUAGACAAAUUGCAUUUUAUGAUCACGUAUGAUACCCAAAGCGUAUGUAUCAUUAAAAUAUUAUGUUGUGGCAUUUCAUUUCAAUAAUGAAUCUAUAUCUAAUCCAACUUUGAAGGACAUAAAAAAUACAUUUUAUAGGCACAAAUAAAAAGUCAGUCAAACACUUCCUGAUUUGUUUUCAUUAUCUUGAGUACAUGCAUUAGUUAGUGAUACAGUCCAACUCCAUUAGGUAGUGGGUGUUUGGCUAAUGACACAAUAUUUAUUUGACGAAACAACCAUAAGAACCGUACACAACUGUAAGUGCUGUUAUUGUGAAGUGGAAACAUCUAGGAGCAACAACGGCUCAGCCGCGAAUUGGUAGGCCACACAAGCUCACAGAACGGGACCGCCGAGUGCUGAAGCCGUCUGUCCUCGGUUGUAACACUCACUACCGAGUUCCAAACUGCCUCUGGAAGCAACGUCAGCACAAGAACUGUUCGUCGGGAGCUUCAUGAAAUGGGUUUCCAUGGCUGGUCAGCCGCAUAAAAGCCUAAGAUCACAAUGCCAAGCGUCGGCUGGAAUGGUGUAAAGCGCGCCGCCAUUGGACGCCAUUGGAGUAAUGGAAACUACUUCUAUGGAGUGAUGAAUCACGCUUCACCAUCUGGCAGUCCGAUGGAUGAAUCUGGGUUUGGCGGAUGCCAGGAGAACGCUACCUGUCCCAAUGCAUAGUGCCAACUGUAAAGUUAGGUGGAGGAGGAAUAAUGGUCUGGGGCUGUUUUUCAUGGUUCGGGCUAGGCCCCUUAGGAAAAGGCCUUCCCCAAACUGUUGCCACAAAGCUGGAAGCACAGAAUAGUCUAGAAUGUCAUUGUAUGCUGUAGGGUUAAGAUUUCCCUUCCCUGGAACUGUUUAUGAUGACCCCGUGCUCAAAGAGAGGUCCAUACAGAAAAUGGUUUGACGAGGUCAGUGUGGAAGAACUUGACUGGCCUUCACAGAGCCCUGACGUACACCUUUGGGAUGAAUUGGAACGCCGACUGCGAGCCAGGCCUAAUCGCCCAACAUCAGUGCCCAACCUCACUAAUGCUCUUGUGGCUGAAUAGAAGCAGGUCCCCGCAGCAAUGUUCCAACAUCUAGUGGAAAGCCUUCCCAGAAGAGUGGAGGUUGUUAUAGCAGCCAACUCCAUAUUAAUGCCCAUGAUUUUGGAAUGAGUUGUUCGACAAGCAGGUGUCCACAUACUUUUGGUUGUGUAGUGUAUUAACAUGUUUCCUGCAAAUCCUUCUAUGUGAGGAGGGAGGCUGUCACAGAUUAAGACUGUACAAAUGGAACACGGAGGAUUACUGUUGUGUGUAAUUCUCCUCGUUAAAUAUAGCUGCAAGGUUAGGGUGCAUUCAAGUGUGGAGCAUAACUCCACAUUUUUCCCUUGAAUGUUUCAUAAACAAUUUGGUUUUAAUACAUUGAAAAUAACAGCCAACACUAUCUUUAGGUUAAAACCUGUGCUUUAUAGCGUUUAAGAAUACAAAUAAUUUGUAAAAAGAGUGAAAGUCUUAUCGACACUGUAAAUGCAAUCAUGAAAGUGGAACAUUUCAGACCAGUCAUUAUUCUCGGUUGUGCAUCUAUCUCCAAUCCCAACCGAAUAAUGCUUACCAGUUGAAACAGUUUUUGCAUAAUUGAUGACUACAUUUUGGGAUGUUUUUGUUCGUUUUGGUCUUAUGUAGGUUUUUUUUUGGCUGUACGUGCUCACAAUUUUUGUACUACUUCUAGUAGGAGUGGAAACAUUAAGUGUUUGUUGGCAUUUAAUGAGAGACAACUAGUUUUCAUGCAAAUAUUUCACUUGAGAAAUACUGCAUCAAACAUCUUAGCUAGAUGUAAAAUUGUGCGACUAAGACCUCUUCUGUAAAUAUCAAAAUUAAUGACAGAUUACUUAAUUCUGACUCAUUUGAAGAAGUGUUUCUGGCUAUGUUGUUGCUACGGUGUAUCAACAGGGACAAACAAUAGUAGUAUUCUAGCUUUUUUCUUGUUUUUCAAGCGAAGGUCUUUAGGGGGUAUGCGAGCAGACUGUUGCUUUGCCUAGCCGGGUUCUGCGAGGAGCAAGCCGAACCUUGGUAUGCGGACGCCUUUAGCCUCAGGUUUGACACUGACAGCUCACGCUCAAUUGGUCAAUUGGCCUGCCAAUCAGGAGAGAGGCGAGACAUGCCUUAUCAUCAUGACAGAGGCAUCAUCUGCAAUCAGCCUUUCGGGUUUCAGCUGUGUUCAAUGAAGGCAGAUUCACAUGGCAUGUCCUCAAGGCAGUAUUAGCUCAGUGAGAGUCAGUUCUGACUGACCUGCCAGUGUUUUUUCAAACACAGGUUAUUUAGCUUUCUUCCUAAGUAAAAUGUCUAAAUGCUCUCCAAUCUGCAUGCAGCUUUGUUGAAGCUUGUUAAUAAAAGUAAAAAUGUAAGAUCAGCCAUUCUGUCCUUCUUUGCUCCAUUCAAUGAAUUCAAUUAUAUGUGUCUCACUGAUCUUCCUGUGUUGACAAAAAUACAUAAUGCCACAGGAUUAUCUAGCGUACCAUUAAAUAUCAAUUACUCUGUUUGGUGUUAUCCUGCAGGAUCUGUGUAGUGUGGUGCAAAUUUAGACAUGGAAAUGAAAGCAGGAUUUCAUGGGUAGAAUUUAGCGCAUUGCCAUGCCUGAGCAGAGAGAUUGAUUUUCCUAAUAAACAGCUUUUAAAUGUGUUUUUGUUUAUUUGUGGCCGUAGUGAAAGUGCAGAAAAGCAACCUUCACCAUUGGGACCCCACUGCCAACUACAGCCACACCCAACACUGCAAGACAUGGAGCAGUCCCAGCCACCAGCUCAACCAGCAGGACCACUGCAAAUGUAAGUUGGAAUGUGUGAAUAUGCUGCUGGGUAUAGUACAGUAUAUAGCCUUUUUCUUGUUACACGUAUGUAUUUUGAGUUGGUGUUGAUCAUCAGUCUUGUUUUUGGUUAAUGAUCCUAGAAUGAUCCCAAUGAUGUUGUGAUAUCAUUGACUUUGUAUUAGCAUCAUAUGUAGCCCACGUGGAGUUACAGUUCAAGUGGCGAGUUGCAUUAUUCUACCUUGAAGGGGAUUUCUCUUUGAACUGGUUUGAUGUUGUGAGCAUGUGUCCUUUCAGCUCUGGUGUGUGGUGGCUUCUCCCCUUCCUCUACAGCCACCUCAGGGUACAGCAGCAACCUAGGCAGUCAGGGCAGCAGCACCCUGCCCUGCCCAAUCCCCCCCGUCGCCCCCACAAGCCCCCGCAGCACUACACACAAGAGACGCCAGCGGAGAAAGGAGCACAAGAGCUCACGUAUGUGGAUGGUUUUUUUUCAUGUGUAGUCAUAACAGCGUUUUAUAAUAGUUUGAGAAUUGACCCUGCCUCCCCUCGUCAAAGUGGUGACCGCUCUGAUGACGGAUCACUGACGUAGACGAAGAUGACUGAGGGAAAGGCUGAUAGCUGACUCGCUCUCUUCGUUUCACACUCGAACACUAUCACUUUUCCUUUCUCUCUCUCACGCUCUCUUUUCACUCUGACCAUUUUUUCUUCCCCCCCCCCACCCCCUCUCUCGCCAUCCAUCUCAAUUUAUCACACUAUCCACCCCCUCUUCCUCUGCCAGUGUCCCUAACAUCCAGCUCAGUGGGCCCUGGGGGUCAGGUUGUUCACGUGGAGACCAGCGAGGUCAUCCUGAGGGGGGAUCCACUCCUAGGGUUCGGGGUUCAGCUGCAGGGGGGUGUCUUUGCCACAGAGACCCUGUCCGCUCCUCCAGUCAUCCGCUUCAUUGAGCCCGACAGCCCUGCCGAAAGGUGACCCACCCACACACAGAGGCGCGCGCACACACGGCCAUCCACACAGAGACGUACAGUUAGUCACUCGAGGAUGGUGGGGCGUCAUCAGGAGUGAUGAGGAGAGUCACUGCUUUCUCUGAGGAGUAUUAAUCUGGGUCUCCUACCUAACCCAAGAUGGCAGUGUUUGAUCCACAAUGUCCUAUCAAUUACAUUAGGCACUUUGCUUUGAGGUAAUGGGAAUAACUUCAGUGCAGUGGUAUUAGAAUCUGUUUUUGUGAGAAGCAACUUGAUUGAUUCUAGUCUACUUUCCCAGUAGUUUAUUUGUCACACCACACUUGAAAACUCUUAAUGUUGAUCCUUGCAUUUAAUAUCUGUUUAUUGAUUAAGGCAACACGAUACAGGCCAAUUAACAGCGAGCACUGAUUAGGCCAGUGUGUGGUCUUUGCCCUUGUCUUGUAAGAUUAAUGAUAGUGUUUGUAUGAACAACAGAAGGCCAUGUCCGCUUGGUGGUCUAAUACCAUUAAAAGGCUCCCGCCGUUGGGAGGGAGUGACUCAAGCAGAACAUCCUAUUGUAAUGUUCGUCUCAGCACUGACGCAAAGGUUAAUAAAUUGCAGUGGUUAGUGAAUUAAUCUUAGUUGACAGUGCUCCUAUGUGUGUGUCCUGAGUCCUGAUCAUUAUGUGAUCAUGGAAGUAAGUAUGUGUCUGAUUGUAGUGUGUGUGUGUGUGUGAGUGUAAUGGAAGUGGUUUGGUGAAGUGUCUGUGCCCUUAUUCAAGGUCAAGCAAGGUGAAGAGUAAUUUUGUUAUCAGAGAGAUGCUCGAGAUGUGUUCUACUUCGGUGACAUAUUGAUUAAUUAUUCCACAGUGUCACUGGAGUCAGAAAUAUUGCUGGGAAAAUAUGUUUACUUAAAGGUUUCCCAUUGCUCCUUGCCAGAACAGGACAUGAGUUGAUUGUGCCCUUCAGGGUCAUGACUCAGUGGUUUGUUGAUGACAGUUAUCAGUGAGAUGAGAUCAAAAGGUCAAAAUGGAGUUGAAAUAUACUAAAUAAAAAUAUAAAUGCAACAUGUAAAGUGUUGGUCCCAUGUUUCAUGAGCUGAAAUAAAAGAUCCUAGAAAUGUUCCAUAUGCACAAAAACCUUAGUUCUCUCAAAUUUUGUGCACAAAUUAAUUACAUUCCUUUUAGUGAGGAUUUCUCCUUUGCCAAGUUAAUCCAUCCACCUGACAGGUGUGGAAUAUCAAGAAGCUGAUUAAACAGCAUGAUCAUUGCACAGGUGCACCUUGUGCUGGGGACAAUAAAAGGCCAUUCUAAAAUGUGCAAUUUUGUCACACAACACAAUGCGACAGAUGUCUCAAGUUUUGAGGGAGUGUGCAAUUGGCAUGCUGACUGCAGGAAUGUCCACCAGAGCUGUUGCCAGAUAAUUAAAUGUUCACUUCUCUACCAUAAGCCGCCUCCAACGUCAUUUUAGAGAAUUUGGCAGUACGUCCAACUGGCCUCAAAACCGCAGACCACGUGUAUCUGUAUUCCCAGUCAUGUGAAAUCCAUAGAUUAUGGCCUAAUUAAUUUAUUUCAAUUGACUGAAACUUAUCUCUGAAAUCUAAAGCAGAGUCAUGAGCGUAAAGAAAACAAGAUGCAUCUGUAAAUGUGUUUAUGCUCCAUAUAACAGAUUUAAUGGUAGUAGUCAACAUGGAUAAGGUUUCUUAUCGCUUUACAGCAGGACUCUCAUGGUCUCCGCUGAAAAUGCUUUUUUGUUUCAGAGUAGGCUUGAUCUGGGUCUGGGAAAUGGGCCGUAAACGAGAGAAGUAUUGGGAAAAACUGUUCCUAACAACUGUUCAUUUGGAUAAAUGUCUGUCUAGUCUAACUGUAUAAAGGCCACAUUCACUAUGAAAAGGAAUUUGACAUUUCUAUCUAAAAUAUGCUGAAUGCCACACAGAAUAACCAAUUUUCCUUUAUUGUACUCUUCUAACUGUGCUUUGUGUUGUCAGAUGUGGGCUUCUGCAUGUGGGGGACAGACUCCUGUUCAUCAACAGAAUCCCUACAGAGGAUGGAACACUGGAGGAAGCCAAUCAACUGCUGCGAAAUGCCGCUUUGGCCAAUAAGGUCACCUUGGAGGUCGAGUUUGAUGUAGCAGGUAAUAAUAAUAAUAAUAAUAAUAAUAUGCCAUUUAGCAGACACUUUUAUCCAAAGCGACUUACAGUCAUAUGUGCAUACAUUUUUACGUAUGGGUGGUCCCGGGGAUCGAACCCACUACAAGCGCCAUGCUCUACCAAUUGAGCUACCAAUUUGUUCAUCAAAGUUGGAAAUAGCAUCUCUUUUAUCAAUUUUAUAUUUUAGUCAUUUAGAGCCAGAGCGACUUUAUUUAGUGCGUUCAUCUUAAGAUAGCUAGGUGAGACAACCACAUACUGUAUCACAGUCAUAGUUAGUACAUUUUUCCUUAAUAUGAGUUAAAAGUUAAAUUAAGUUAAAAAUAAGACAAUAAUUUGACAGUCUGCAUUUUGGUUAUUUAUGCUUUAAUCAAUGUGUUAAUUUCAUGUUUUGUCCCCCAUUAGAAUCAGUGGUUCCAAGUAGUGGCACAUUCCAUGUGAAACUGCCCAAGAGGAGAGGAGUGGAACUUGGCAUCACCAUCAGUGGUGAGAGUACCAGAUGCGAACAGCAGGGGGCAACAUAGCCCAACAUGAGAUCCCUUUGCCUUGAUAUCUCUCUCUGUGGAUCAAUGCUCUGUGGAUCAAUGCUCUGUGAUCCUUAACUGGUCUCUUAGACUGUCAUGAAAGCUACUGCCUAAUUAUGUCUGAUGAAUAAUAGUGAUCUAAUACAAGCAUUUAUCAUCAACUCUUUCACACUUUAAAAAGCCUGGAAAAACAAAGGACAGAAAUUCUCUGUAGCACAGAGAGGAUUUUAAGGAAGUGAUACCACAUAUACUGAAGGUAGUUGGGCAGGCCAACAGUUAACUUCUUAUACAUGCAAUGAUUUGGGACUGUUGUGGAUGUGUGCACUGAAGUGGAGCAUGCAGGUAUCCAGAGCAAAUGAAAAUCAUUUGGGUUACAUUCAACUCCUGAUAAAUGUGAUAUCUAUUCCCUGCUAUUAUCACUGUGGAUGUUAUGAAAGUUUAAUGUAAAGGUGUCUCUGUCUGAACAGCAAGCAAGAGACCCGACAAACCUCUCAUCAUCUCUGACAUCAGAAAAGGAAGCAUAGCGCACAGGUAUGUCCCACAUCCCAAUCACAUGGAGGAGUCAUGCUGAUAAGAUCAGCAAAGAAACGUCCAAAUUACUUGCUUUACUGCCUCUGGUCUGGGGUUAGUUAAGUCUGAAAUGCAGUGAUACUAGUCAGGAGUAGAACCAGUAGUUUUUCCUCACCAUGUGACCUUACCAGGAAAGAGGGCCCUAGUAAUAGUGUCUUUUGAUGUUUUAUCUGGUUUAAUUUGCUGCCCUCCUCUCCCCUGCCUGCUAAUAGGACGGGCACCUUGGAGCCAGGGGACAGGCUGCUGGCCAUCGAUAACGUGCGUCUGGAGAACUGCACCAUGGAGGACGCCAUGCACGUGCUGCAGCAGGCAGAGGACAUGGUCAAGCUCCGGAUCCAGAAGGACGAGGAUAACGCUGGUAGGAUGAACACCGAGUCAUGCUUCAACAAUAAAGAUGCAGUCUUGCGUGGAGAGGUUGGUCUAAAGGACACAUUUCUGUCCAAUGAGGUUGAAUUCCCUAGUGGAAACAUCUCCAGACUGUAUCAAGACAUUUCUGUCUAUUUACCUAGUAUAAACAAACAUCAUUGCAUACCAUUUGACACAAGAAAGUUAAUGUGUGAUUGUGCUGUAAGUGCCCACUUAUUUUUCUGUAAAAUACCAUCUGAAACUGUAAAAUGAAUUGUAGCAGAGUGUCAUGGUGCAUUGAUUUAUGUCAUGUGGCCUGUUUUUACAUUUAAUUUGUGACUCAUGUCUGAUGUUGUGUGCUAGCUAGUGUGCAUGUGACCCAGAUUUGAGCUGUUUGGUCUAGUUUAUCCCUUAUGUAAUACCUGUCAUAUUUAUACAUGUUCUGAGCUGUUAUGCAUGCUCUCUCGCUCCCUUUCAGAUGAGCUGGAGAUGUCUGGUUCCAUUAUCUACACGGUGGAGCUGAAGCGUUACAACGGCCCGCUGGGUAUCACCAUCUCAGGCACAGAGGAGCCCUUUGACCCCAUCGUCAUCUCAGGCCUCACCAAGAAGGGCCUGGCCGAAAGGUGAGAGGGUUGGGGUUCAGGUGUCAGGGGCAUGAGGUUGGCGCUGCUAUUAUAAGAGUGGUUGAGACUAUAGGGAAGAUCUCAAUUGCAUACUCCUCGCGCCCUCUCCCCUCUGACCUUUUCGUCCAAUGGGUUUUGAGAAGGAGGCGAGGAGAGAAGGCACGAGGAGUAUGUAAUUGAGAUUCUCCCAUAGACUGGCUCAAAAGUCCUUUGUCUCCUCUGCUUCAUCUGUACUGUAUGUAUAGACAGGCUAGGUGAAAGCAAUAUGGUGGAUGCCUACCUGGGAUCUGAUUUCUGUCUGUCAGUCUAGAUAGAGGAAGACUCUUUAGACGGUAGGACUAUUGAGAUGCACCUCGACUCUCCUAUUAUGGUUAUGAUUUAUGGUUGAAAUAAGGACCCUACAGACUGUGAUUUUGAUUCAAAAAGCAAGCCCUCAAAGCCACACUGUGUAAUAUAUGUCAGUAAACAAUAGCUGUCUGGUCUGUUGUUGGCUUAGUCAGCUCUUUGUUACUCUCUCGGCAAACUGGACAGCCAGGCUGUUUCAAGGCCACAACGAUACAGAAAGUCUCUGAAACAGAUAAGGAGCUAUCAUAACACUCCUUUAUCACCUUCUUAUUAGAGCUUGACCAAUAUAUUGUUUCAUCGAUAUUAUUAUCAAUAGUGCCUUGCAAAAGUAUUCAUCCCGUUGGCGUUUUUCCUAUUUUGUUGCAUUACAACCUGUAAUUUAAAUGGAUUUUUAUUUGAAUUUCAUGUAAUGGACAUACACAAAAUAGUCCAAAUUUGUAUUAAAAAAAUAACUUAUUUCAAAGAAUUCAAAAUAAUUAAUAACGGAAAAGUGGUGCGUGCAUAUGUAUUCACCCCCUUUGCAAUGAAGCCCCUAAAUAAGAUCUGGUGCAACCAAUUACCUUCAGAAGUCACAUAAUUAGUUAAAUAAAGUCCACCUGUGUGCAAUCUAAGUGUCACAUGAUCUGUCACAUAAUCUCAAUAUAUAUAUACACCUGUUCUGAAAGGCCCCAGAGUCUGCAACACCACUAAGCAAGGGGCACCAUGAAGACCAAGGAGCUCCCCAAACAGGUCAGGGACAAAGUUGUGGAGAAGUACAGGUUAGGGUUGGAUUAAGAAAAAAUAUCUGAAACUUUGAACAUCCCACGGAGCACCAUUAAAUCCAUUAUAAAAAAAUUGAAAGAAUAUGGCACCACAACAAACCUGCCAAGAGAGGGCCGCCCACCAAAACUCAUGGACCAGGCAAGGAGGGCAUUAAUCAGAGAGGCAACAAAGAGACAAAAGAUAACCCUGAAGGAGCUUCAAAGCUCCACAGCGGAGAUUGGAGUAUCUGUCCAUAGGAUCACUUUAAGCCAUACACUCCACAGAGCUGGGCUUUACGGAAGAGUGGCCAGAAAAAAAGCCAUUGCUUAAAGAAAAAAAAUAAGCAAACACAUUUGGUGUUCGCCAAAAGGCAUGUGGGAGACUCCCCAAACAUAUGGAAGAAGGUACUCUGGUCAGAUGAGACUAAAAUUGAGCUUUUUGGCCAUCAAGGAAAACGUUAUGUCUGGCGCAAACCCAACACCUCUCAUCACCCAGAGAACACCAUCCCCACACUGAAGCAUUGUGGUGGUAGCAUCAUGCUGUGGGGAUGUUUUUCAUCGGCAGGGACUGGGAAACUGGUCAGAAUUGAAGGAAUGAUGGAUGGCGCUAAAUACAGGGAAAUUCUUGAGGGAAACCUGUUUCAGUCUUCCAGAGAUUUGAGACUGGGACGGAGGUUCACUUUCCAGCAGGACAAUGACCCUAAGCAUACUGCUAAAGCAACACUCAAAUGGUUUAAGGGGAAAUAUUUAAAUGUCUUGGAAUGGCCUAUUCAAAGCCCAGACCUCAAUCCAAUUGAGAAUCUGUGGUAUGACUUAAAGAUUGCUGUGCACCAGCGGAACCCAUCCAACUUGAAGGAGCUGGAGCAGUUUUGCCUUGAAGAAUGGGCAACAAUCCCAGUGGCUAGAUGUGCCAAGCUUAUAGAGACAUACCCCAAGAGACUUGCAUCUGUAAUUGCUGCAAAAGGUGGCUCUACAAAGUAUUGACUUUGGGGGAGAGUGAGUAGUUAUGCACGCUGAAGUUUUCAGUUUUUUUGUCUAAUUUCUUGUUUGUUUCACAUUUAUUUUUAUUUUGCAUCUUCAAAGUGGUAGGCAUGUUGUGUAAAUCAAAUGACACAACCCCAAAAAAAAUCAGGCACAAAAUAGGAAAAAUGCCAAGGGGGGUGAAUACUUUCGCAAGCUGCUGUAUUAUAUUCGAUUAAUAGGAUGAAAAAGGAAAAUAUGUAAAAAAUUAAAUGAUCUAUUGUAUUGUUACAGUUAGGAGGUUCAAACACAAGGUUUCCACAGGAUAGCAGGAAGUCGCUUUCUCAGCAAAACCUCUCACAGACCUAGCCUGGUUCCAAAUUUGCAUGUGCUUCAGGGAAGAGAACUGAGUUGUGAAGAAGCACAGAGCCAUGGAAGAGUGACUGCUUAACUGCAGUGUUUUUCCCCUACCCUUAGCGUUGGCACACAAAACAAAAGUAUUUGAAUACACUUGUUGAAGGGCGUUGCAGCAUGUCAUCACAACCACCAGUGGUGAGAGCCUGCUUGAGCGGUUAUUCUCAUCCUCUAUGCCGAAAUUGGUUUUAGGUGGUUUGAACAACCAAUUACCUUCUUGUUUACUUAUCUUAUCUAAUGUUUGUAAUAUGCUUGAUAUGUACAGUGCAUUCGGAAAGUAUUCAGACCCCUUCACUUUUUCCACAUUCUGUUACGUUACAGCCUUAUUCUAAAAUGGAGAAAAGUAAAAUGGAGAAAAUAAUUUUUUUCCUCAUCAAUCUACACACAAUACCCCAUAAUGACAAAGCAAAAACAGGUUUCUACAACUUGAUUGGAGUCCACCUGUGAUAAAUUCAAUUGAUUGGACAUGAUUUGGAAAGGCACACACCUGUCUAUAUAAGGUCCCACAGUUGACAGUGCAUGUCAGAGCAAAAACCAAGCCAUGAGGUCGAAGCAAUUGUCCGAAGAGCGCAGAGACAGGAUUGUGUCGAGGCACAGAUCUGGGGAAGGGUACCAAAGAAUUUCUGCAGCAUUGAAGGUUCCGAAGAACACAGUGGCCUCCAUCAUUCUUAAAUGGAAGAAGUUUGGAACCACCAAGACUCUUCCUAGAGCUGGCCGCCUGGCCAAACUGAGCAAUCGGGGGAGAAGGGCCUUGGUCAGGGAGGUGACCAAGACCCGAUGGUCAUUCUGACAGAGCUCCAGAGGUCCUCUGUUGAGAUGGGAUAACUUUCCAGAAGGACAACCAUCUAUGCAGCACUCCACCAAUCAGGCCUUUAUGGUAGAGUGGCCAGACGGAAGCCAUUCCUCAGUAAAAGGCACAUGACAGCCCGCUUGGAGUUUGCCAAAAGGCACCUAAAGACUCUCAGACCAUGAGAAACAAGAUUCUCUGGUCUGAUGAAACCAAGAUUAAACUCUUUGGCCUGAAUUCCAAGCGUCACGUCUGGAGGAAACCUGGCACCAUCCCUACAAUGAAGCAUGGUGGUGGCAGCAUCAUGCUGUGGGGAUGUUUUUCAGCGGCAGGGACUGUCAGGAUCGAGGGAAAGAUGAACGGAGUAAAGUACAGAGAUAUCCUUGAUGAAAACCUGCUCAGGACCUCAGACUGGGGCGACGGUUCACCUUCUAACAGGACAACAUUUUUACAUUUUAGUCAUUUAGCAGACGCUCUUAUCCAGAGCGACUUACAGUUUUAGUGAGUGCAUAAAUUUUUCAUACUGGCCCCCCGUGGAAAUCGAACCCACAACCCUGGAGUUGCGAGUGCCAUGCUCUACCAACUAACCCUAAGCACACAGCCAAGACAACGCAGGAGUGGCUUCGGGACAAGUCUCUGAAUGUCCUUGAGUGGCCCAGCCAGAGCCCGGACUUGAACCCGAUCUUACAUCUCUGGAGAGAACUGAAAAUAGCUGUGCAGCGACGCUCCCCAUCCAACCUGACAGAGCUUGAGAGGAUCUGCAGAGAAGAAUGGGAGAAACUCCCCAAAUACAGGUGUGCCAAGCUUGUAGGGUCAUACCCAAGAAGACUCGAGGCUGUAAUCACUGCCAAAGGUGUUUCAACAAAGUACUGAGUAAAGGGUCUGAAUACUUAUGCAAAUGUGAUAUUUCCGUUUUUUAAUUGUAAUACAUUUGCAAACAUUUCUAAAAACCUGUUUUUGCUUUGUCAUUAUGGGUUAUUGUAUGUAGAUUGAAAAACAAUUUCAUCCAUUUUAGAAUAAGGCUGUAAAAAGUUGGAAAAGGUCAAGGGGUCUGAAUACUUUCCGAAUGCACUAUAUCUGUUGUCUCAAGAUACCCUAGGAAAUGACAAGGGGCGUCUUCCUUUAAAGGAAUACAAAUAUUGUCUUCUGUCUGUAGGACUGGUGCCAUCCAUAUAGGGGACCGUGUCCUGGCCAUCAAUUGUGUGAGUCUGAAGGGGAAACCCCUGAGCGAGGCCAUCCAUCUACUCCAAAUGGCCGGAGAGACUGUCACCCUCAAGAUCAAGAAACGCCAAGACGGUAUGUACUGUUAUUGUUAAGUUUGUUAAUCAAGUUGCUUUAAAAAAGAAUGCAUGGAAGGAGAUGCUGAGCCUCGUAUUUGUUAGAAGAGUUCCAUUGACAUAAAUACAUUACCUUUCAUUACAUAAUUGAGUUAGGAUUCUCUCUUGCCUCUCCAUUUACUGUCUCUCUCUGUUCCCAUGCAGAAUCGGAAGGGCAGCAGACGUCGGAGCAGGCAGGGUUCCUGAGCGACACAGAGGAUGAGCUGACUGACUCCCAGAAGACCAGUAAACACUCAGGGGUGUACUCUACCACCGGGCCCAGCGUGGACUCUGCCGUGAGCUCCUGGGACUGUUCCGGCAGCCAAGGUGAGGACAGAACCCUGUGUAGCUCAGUUGGUAGAGCAUGGCGCUUGCAACGCCAGGGUUAUGGGUUCGAUUCCCACGGGGGGCCAGUAUGAAAAUGUAUACACUCACUAAUUGUAAGUCGCUCUGGAUAAGAGCGUCUGCUAAAUGACUAAAAUGUCAAAUGUAACACGGCAGCAUAGUCAUUACCAGUUUAGACAACCAGCUUAGGCCACUUUAGACGAUUGCUAUGCUCACAUGACUGUCCUUAAAUCAGUUGUUAGGGGUGGGUAGAAUGUUAUCAUCUUUAUUUAUGUUUGUUUUUGUCCUUUGUGUGCAGGAACGUAUCUCCACAGAUCUGCGGAUUUGACCUUCCAGCCUAACGAGUGGAGACGCACCAAACCGCCCAGGACUCACCUCACCUCCACUGGCCUUACCGGCCUUACCCACCACUCCCACCUCUACGAUGGGAGAUACACUGAGGAUGACUGGGAUAAGGCUGCUGGGUGAGUGCUUACUUCAGACUAGAACCAUGGAUUAGUAGCCUGGUUCCGGGUCUGUUUGUGCUUUACAGUGGGGAAAAAAAGUAUUUAGUCAGCCACCAAUUGUGCAAGUUCUCCCACUUAAAAAGAUGAGAGAGGCCUGUAAUUUUCAUCAUAGGUACACAUCAACUAUGACAGACAAAAUUAGAAAAUUAAAUCCAGAAAAUCACAUUGUAGGAUUUUUUAUGAAUUUAUUUGAAAAUUAUGGUGGAAAAUAAGUAUUUGGUCAAUAACAAAGUUUCUCAAUACUUUGUUAUAUACCCUUUGUUGGCAAUGACACAGGUCAAACGUUUUCUGUAAGUCUUCACAAGGUUUUCACACACUGUUGCUGGUAUUUUGGCCCAUUCCUCCAUGCAGAUCUCCUCUAGAGCAGUGAUGUUUUGGGGCUGUCACUGGGCAACACGGACUUUCAACUCCCUCCAAAGAUUUUCUAUGGGGUUGAGAUCUGGAGACUGGCUAGGUCACUCCAGGACCUUGAAAUGCUUCUUACGAAGCCACUCCUUCAUUGCCCGGGCGGUGUGUUUGGGAUCAUUGUCAUGCUGAAAGACCCAGCCACGUUUCAUCUUCAAUGCCCUUGCUGAUGGAAGGAGGUUUUCACUCAAAAUCUCACGAUACAUGGCCCCAUUCAUUCUUUCCUUUACACAGAUCAGUCGUCCUGGUCCCUUUGCAGAAAAACAGCCCCAAAGCAUGAUGUUUCCACCCCCAUGCUUCACAGUAGGUAUGGUGUUCUUUGGAUGCAACUCAGCAUUCUUUGUCCUCCAAACACGACGAGUUGAGUUUUUACCAAAAAGUUAUAUUUUGGUUUCGUCUGACCAUAUGACAUUCUCCCAAUCCUCUUCUGGAUCAUCCAAAUGCACUCUAGCAAACUUCAGACGGGCCUGGACAUGUACUGGCUUAAGCAGGGGGACACGUCUGACACUGCAGGAUUUGAGUCCCUGGUGGCGUAGUGUGUUACUGAUGGUAGGCUUUGUUACUUUGGUCCCAGCUCUCUGCAGGUCAUUCACUAGGUCCCCCCGUGUGGUUCUGGGAUUUUUGCUCACCGUUCUUGUGAUCAUUUUGACCCCACGGGGUGAGAUCUUGCGUGGAGCCCCAGAUCGAGGGAGAUUAUCAGUGGUCUUGUAUGUCUUCCAUUUCCUAAUAAUUGCUCCCACAGUUGAUUUCUUCAAACCAAGCUGCUUACCUAUUGCAGAUUCAGUCUUCCCAGCCUGGUGCAGGUCUACAAUUUUGUUUCUGGUGUCCUUUGACAGCUAUUUGGUCUUGGCCAUAGUGGAGUUUGGAGUGUGACUGUUUGAGGUUGUGGACAGGUGUCUUUUAUACUGAUAACAAGUUCAAACAGGUGCCUUUAAUACAGGUAACGAGUGGAGGACAGAGAAGCCUCUUAAAGAAGAAGUUACAGGUCUGUGAGAGCCAGAAAUCUUGCUUGUUUGUAGGUGACCAAAUACUUAUUUUCCACCAUAAUUUGCAAAUAAAUUCAUUAAAAAUCCUACAAUGUGAUUUUCUGGAAUUUUUUUCCUCAAUUUGUCUGUCAUAGUUGACGUGUACCUAUGAUGAAAAUUACAGGCCUCUCAUCUUUUUAAGUGGGAGAACUUGCACAAUUGGUGGCUGACUAAAUACUUUUUUUCCCCACUGUAUCUGACUCCUAAAGCACAUGCAGAUCUGGACCUGGCUAAUGGAUUUAAUAGGUAUAAUAAUUUUACAUCAAACAUCUUGUUUCAUUUUGUGGCUUUCAAUGUUGUUAUUUUUUCCUUUUAAUCUACAAGUAUGCCUUCUGUAUGCCUCUAUUGAUGUAUGUAAGCAAUGAGCAACAUAAACGUUGAAAAAAUAAUAUCUUUCAAGUCCGGUUUAGUCUAAAACUCAAUAUGUAUUGAUUCACUGCCAGCUAUCGAUUUGUAAAGUGAAUCCAAGAAAUCUGCAACUUCACUCAAAUAUUUGGCUUUAGAAUUUUUCUCUAAAUCUCCACAGCUGUUUCAUUCUUCCAUGUUGUCGUGCUUUGUCUAUCUGUGCCUUUUCUUUCUUUCUCAGGUAUUCUCUCUCUCAUCUGCUUUACUAACUGCCCGUGAGGUUCCUGGUGUUUCACAUAAACACAUAUUUUUCUUUGUCGCUUCUGCCUUCACCAAACCUGUCUCUAAAGCACCCAAAGGCCCCAUGGACACACACCUGUUCCUUGUCUGUUGCCUCACUCUUGACUCUUGACUUUCUUUUUUUCUCAACUUUUGUGUCCCUCACUGGCACAAACUGUCAACUCUUAAAUACUUUUUGGGUGGCCUAACUUUUAAUCUGUGAACUAUCUGCAUGAAGGCUCUGUCUGUUCUAGGGGAAUACACUGUUUUGCGCUGCUACUGUGAUAGUGAGAGAGUUAACGCUUGCCCUCCCUGAGGCCUGAAAGGUUUUUAAAGGACCUCUCGCCGCCAUGCAGUGCAAUGCCUGCAUUACCCACGCUGCUUUGCAGGCCACACCCGUUUCAAACCAGACGCAAACGUCCGCAGUCCCAGCACAGCAAGGCUCCUCUGAUGUUCUGGUUACUCGUUGUCAUAGAUAUGCCAGCCCCCCUCGUUGCCAUGGCACCCUGAACCAGGAGGACAGCUUCUGGUCCCAGGCCCUGCAGGACCUAGAGACCUGCGGCCAAUCAGAGAUACUCAGGGAGCUGGAGGUAGGCUACAUCUCCCUCCAUCUGUUCCAAUCUACUACUAAAUGAAGCAAUGCAAAAGUCUGAUUGUCUAGACAGUCCAGACACCCGCUACCACCUUUUCUAUUCAGUCAAGCUGUGUGUACAUAGGAACGUGCGUGCAGUAUAUUAAGUUAUUUCCUUCACAUGCCUAUAAUUUAACAAUCCUGUUGUCUUCUCCCAGGCGUCCAUGACAGGCAGCACUCUUAGCCUGUAUCUGGAGGAGACCAAGUCCCAGGAAGACUCAAUGCUAGAGAGCAGAAUCAGUCCUGUGAAGAGGGGUCCCAUCCAUAACGAGCCCAAGACCAAAGGCAACCUGCAGAGGUCCAACAGGACCAGGGACACACCCCCCAGAGGGAGAGUAGAGGCCCAGGAGACCACUUCCCCUACAUCCCUGGAACUACUGAAGGUAUAUAGCAGGAUGGCAAGGGGCAUCUCAAUUCAGUUCAUUUAGAAAGUGCAUUAAAGUUCCUAUUCAUGGACUGAAAAAUGAUUGGAAUUUCAGUUCACUUCAUGAAUUCACUAACUUGAAAUGCGAACUGAUGUCAACCCUGGUCCAUGGGGAAUGAUGUGGAGUGAUUUCCAAUCCAAUCCAGGCUUAAAGCAUGACUAGCUACCAUAUAAUCGACAACCCUGUAAAGGUAUUGAUCAGUGAACUGUAGCCUGACCCUACUCUACAUUUAAGUGAUAAUGCCCAAGAAGCUGGUAUUUUGAGGAUAUAUUGGCAUGGGUGUUGUUAGGCCCGAGACGAAGUCGAUAUAUCUACCAAACACCCGCUUCAAGGGCAUUAUCACUUUUAUACAACGGGUUACCAACGUAUUCAAAUAAUGAUUGACAUAUUUUCAUAAAAAAACGUUAUUUUGAUUAAUUUAUUCAUACUAUUUCAUCCUUCCACAAGAUAUAGUCCCAACACAAAUCUAGGGUUGCUACCCAAGCCGGCUGGUCGUUCGUUCUAUCGGUUCGGUUGCCAGAGACGCGACCCAGUCGUUCAGUCUUUUUGAUCUGUUUCUAUGGACGCGACCCAGUCGUUCAGUCUUUUUGAUCUGUUUCUAUGGACGCGACCCAGUCGUUCCAUUGCCAUAGUGGCUCGCAACGUUCUUAUCCCUUGCUUGCUAACUAGCCAACCCACGGCUAAUUUACAGUCACGUCAAACAGUGCAGCCAGAAUAACAACAGUAGCUGCAUUUGCAUUUGUUUAAGCUGUUUUCUAGUGACAUUUAUUUGGAUACAUCCAUAACAAUGAGCUAAUGAGGCGUGAUUUCGGCUGGUAUAGAAAAUGUGCUCUCUCGUCAGGACACUGUUGUUCAGAGGAGGUAGCCAACAGCACAGCUACAGUAACACAAUCACUUCAAACUGAAGCUGGAAAGACUGCAAACUAGCUGCACUUUGUUUCAUUUGACCUUAUUUCAAUGUACCUUAUUUCUUUGUAUAUAUCCAUAAAAAUGAUGCCAGCUGAUUCAUGAUUUUGAACGGCUGAGAAACGCUGCCUGUCUCUCGUCCUGACUCCCGACAAGUUCAUUACUAUGUGACAGCUGGAGAUCGAAUUUCAAUAUUGAAACAAUGUUGCAAAUGUCGGAGAGACAGACAGCAAGGUUUUUCAAAUCUCCGCUGUUAAAAACUAAAUGUUAGUCUAAAAGAAAUGUGAGAUAAUGUCCAGAUGCUUUUUAUCGUGGAGAUCAAGUUUAUAAAUUACUUGUGGAAUAGACACAAGCUGGAAUGGGGUUUUAACCAAUCAGCCUUCAGGAUUAGAACCACCCGUUGUGUAAUAUGGUACAAACAGCAGUCUCCAGGGAGAACAUGCCUGUUGGGUUCAAUUAAUAUCUUACCCUGAGCCUCACCCUUCACUAACUGAACUGCACGCUACCCUGCCCAUCACUGGAGUGUAACUGGACUCGGUGAAUGCCAGGCCAGUCAGGACUUGUAGUGUGUGGGAUAAUAGAUAACAAACAUAUAACACUGCACACUGAGCCUGCUCAUUAUAAUGUAGUGCACUAGCUCCUGGUGUUGUGAGCCCUAUUGUCCCUUCGCCACAUCCCGUGACCCCACUACAUGUACAGUAGAAGUCUGUUCUAUUGUGCUGCAGUGUACUGUUGGUUUAGGCAGUGGGGUUGAAUGAGGGCACAAGCACUUAGUAACUGAAUCUAACCCCACUCUUAAAAAACAAACAUUCAUUGCAGAUUGAGUCUGCUGAGGGGAGGACGGCUCAUAAUAAUUGCUUGAACGGAGCGAAUGGAAUGGCAUCAAGCCCAAGGACACCAUGUGUUCGCUGUAUUUGAUACCAUUCCACCAAUUCCGCUCCAGCCAUUACCCCAAGCCCGUCCUCCCCAAUUAAGGUGCUACCAACCUCCUGUGAUUGAAUGACUGUUGAUAUUGGUAUAAUUACCUCUGACAGCCAACCUGUUUGGACGCAAUUCCAUAGCUAAUCUGCAUAAUUUACAUUGCAAAACCAUAUCAUAACUCACUUAGCCGGUGGAGAUGUGUGACCUGUAAAGCCCAAUUCCCAUGACUUCCGCAAGAAUGGCAUUGCGCCGAACAAGCCAUUGUUUUUCAAUGGAGGAGGCGUUACGCUCAGCAAGAGCGUUGUGGCGAGCUAGGCCCUUUGGGGUCAGCGCCAUUACACUCAGAGUUUAAGUACAUUUACACCCCGCACUGUGUCGGACCCAACAGAGAGCUUGGCGACUUGCAUGGGUCAAGUGAAUGUGCCUUACUGUCUGUCCUAUAGGUGACACUGAGGAAGGACCCAGACUGUGGAGACUUUGGCUUCAGUGUGUCAGACGGCCUCCUGGAGAAAGGCAUCUAUGUCAACAUGAUCCGACCAGAUGGCCCUGCCAACCAGGCCGGGUUGAAACCCUACGACCGCAUUCUGCAGGUACACGUCUUUGUUCAACUAACAUUUUGAAUAAAAUGUUUUUAUUAAUACUGUACCUCUUUGUUAUGUUGAACUGACCGCUCCUGUCCCAGGUGAACAGAGCGAGGACCAGAGACUUUGACUGCUGCCUGACCGUUCCUCUCAUCACUGAAGCAGGAGACAGCUUGGACCUGGUCAUCAGCAGAAACUCCCUGGCACAGGCAGAUAAUGGGCCACCUCUGGACUGUGAGGACCCCUCUGACUCCCUGUUCAGCUUCCUACAUUACAGUACCAAUAGUAUCGCCCUGUGAAAAAGGUCCUGGGGGGAGGUUAUGGAUAAUAGCACGUUAAAAUGGUGUUACACAUUAUACCAUGUGACACGUAGGCACUGCACGUCACACACACUGGUUUUGUUUUGUCAUAUCUCUUGUACACACACACAGAAUCACAUUCGCACGUGCGAAUACAUGUGUAUGUGAAUAAACACACAGACACACUCUGUCAGUCACUAAUUCACACUCCCACACACAUGCAUUCACCGUGACCAGUGUUAGUCAGUGUAUUCAUGUGAUGUAGAGCAGAGGACGUUCAGUCAGGCUUCUGGGGCUGUUCAGGCAAAACCACAUGUAGUUACAUAACAGCUUCAGACUCAGCCUGGAUGAGAACACUAGCCUUGCUCAGCUCUGCAGAAAUCCCAGAGAAACAUAAACACACACUUCCCUCUCAGAGAAGGUGCGUUCGGGACACAGCACCACCACAGCGUUUUGUUUUUGUUCUUAAAAAGAUUAAGUGAAAUGUGUGCAAUUGUGACCCUCUGUGACCUCUUGCUGGGGAAUGGUGGAGUUGCACGUACACACACACUUGACACACGAACGUGCGCCCAUGCGGGGUGUUCGAGGAGUCCAGGCAUGCUGUGCUGGACUAUUAUUUGAGCCAUGUCUUGGCUGGCUGCCCUCUCCUUCCCUUCAGCCCGGCCUGGCCAUCCAGCACCCCACACUGUUAGCGCCACAAAUUACCGUAGAUAGAAUGCUAAGCUGGCAUUCACUGUUACUUGCCAUGUACUGCAAACAUUUCUAUUUUAGGUACCUCACUCUCUAUCCUAAAGUCUAAAAUGUUUGUGAAAAUGUAUUUGGGUCCAAGUUUUAUGGCCGUCAUGUGAAGGACAAAUACUUACCAAGGCCUUUUUUAUCACAGCUUCAUUGCUCAGAACAAAAGUUGCAGAAUGUUUCUUUCUCUCGUUACAUUUCUCACACCGUGUUAUUAGCUACUGUAUAGACUGGGCAGACAUUUGUCAUUCAUUACUUUUUGGGAUCAGCAUUUUUUGUUUGAAGGUUCUUGUCAAUGGUUUUAUGCUAUCAAGUUCACUUUAUUUCUGAAACCAAACCACACACUGUUUUUGCUUGUAUGCACUAGUAGGUCACCUAAAUCAGAUCCAUGCACU